UUGAUGGAGUGACCAGCUGUGCUAAAUUGCUUAGCGACAGGAAACCCUGCUCGAUUUUCUCAACACUUCAAGCAUGCCAAAUCAUUGUCUCCAUUUAUGUUACAGGUCAAAAUAAAAUAUUACAUUCAGGUUAAGAUUUUUUAACAUACACUGUAGGUUGAUCUUCAUUUUUUUUUGGCCCCUAGCCCUAAUCCUUGAAUAAUCAGGGCUAGGGGACAAAAGAAAAUAAAGAUCAACCUAGGCUACAAAAUUUUAACCUGAAUUUAAUUUUGACCUGAACAUGUACACCCAGUUUCACUGAUGUACAGAACUGUAGAUAACAUGACAAUGGCAACAGGAGAUAAAGUAAACUUAGCCUGAAGUUUUGCAGGAAAAGUCCUUCCUGAUCACAAAAAAGCAUUGCCUGAAUGCUCUUUUGUACAGCUUGUACUUCCACUGAUGAAGGCGCCAGCCCCCAACAUUCAGACAGCAAAACAAUCUGUAACAUGACCCUUCUUUUCAUAUGUUUUUCUCACUUUAAAGGCACAUAUGCUUGCUAAAUAAUCUGGCUGUUUUUGUUUGUUUGCCUAUGACAAUAUAAUUUAUUUGAAUUUGUUGUUGUUGUUUUCUUUUUUGCUUAUUAUUGCUCUUUGUAUAAGUAAAUAUAUUAUUUAUUUGCUGUUAGGCUUUUUUUGGGUUUAUUUUCUUUUGCUUUGCUUGUUUUUCAAUUAAUUUAAAAAUUAACUACACUUUAGGCUCAGAAGCUACUCGUGGUCUUGUUGACAAUUUGAAAGAAUUUGUGGAUAGUUUUUGGAAUUCAGGUACAGUAAGCCUUUCUUGUAAUAAUAUUACAGAGUAUUCACGCAAGUUUCAAUGUAAAAACUGAACUCAUUUGAGACCACUGGUAGUUUUGCAAUUGCUUUUAUUUUAAAGCAAUAUGAUGUUGCUGUUUGUGUCUGCCUAGGGAAGUUUUGAAUUCAUUAUAAAUUAGUAAACCUCUUUUUCAUCUUUGUGCCAGAAGUCAGCCCUCCUGUGGUGUCUGCGGCUAUUAAACCAGAAAAUGGUGAGAAGUUGUCCACACCAAGAAAAACACCUAUGGAAAAAGUUCGUACAACUCUAUCUUUGCUGUUACUUGCAGAAUGUAUUGUAUUUCUAAUAUAAUGACUCCAGGUAUUGUUAGAUCAUUGCCUAAAGAAUGUUUUUUGGCUCUUCCAUUUUACAGAUGCAAGAACGACUGGAGAAAUCUCAAGAAGAGCUAAUUGAAAUGCAGGUAAGAUAAUUAAUUUUUUGUUACUUUUGAGAUCUAUUAAACAUUUUUUGGAUGAGGUUUUUGUGAUAUUUUGGAAAUAAUCAAGUUCGAGGUAAGUGUUAUCAGCCUUGGCCUUCAGCCUGGCUGAUACACCAUCGUAAGGAACCGAUUUGACAUUGCUGUUGGAAAUCAUGCAUUGCACGCACAACCUACAGAUUAGUCAGUUAUCUGCGAGCAGAUAACUAACUGAUCUGUACAUGAAGGUUGCGCUGAUUUCUAAAAUUUACUAUAGGAUCUUAGGCAAUGAGGAGACAGAUAGUGAGUACAAUGUAUAAUAAUUUAUGUUAUUUGAAGUUGUAAUAAAUAAAUUUACAAGCUGUUACAUUGAUUCUACAUGUAUAAACCAUAACAGUUACACCGUAAUAAAAGUACCUAAGUCUACAAUGUUUUCUUUGAUAUAGCAAAGAUAUCAACGAGAGAUAGAAAAGCUUGAACGUGACAACCGCGAACUAAGAAAGCAAGUCAUCAUUCUUAAGGGUGACAGUAUACCAACACCACGCAAGAUUAAGGUAAAUUGAAAUCUCCUUUCUAGCCUUGACCACACCCUGAAGCCUGAAUCCUGAAAGAUGAACAAUUUGCUACAUUUAAUCUUAUUGCCAUGUGCUUAUUAACUUAAUACAAGCUAUGUAGCUUUCAUGAAAUAUGUAAGCUGUCAUGGAAGUCUGCCAUUCUAAUUCAUUUUCUUAAUCAGGAAAAACCCUUUUUUGCAUUUAUGUACAUUUAAUAAACAAACUUAUUAAGAGUGUGUCCAUGAGAGAACCAGGCAGGGGGUGAUAAUGCUCGAAUCACGGAUUUCGCUCAAACUUGGCACAAUUGAUGGGUGUGGUGAGAUAUUAACCUCGACAAAAAAUAAGGUCGCAAUAUUGAAUCCCCUGGGAUUUACAAGGACCCCCCUAAAAAUGACAAAAUCUACUCAUUUUUGCAUAAUUAAUUAGUUAACUUUGGUUUGGCUGUUCAACAAGUAGAAGAGACAACUUCAAAUCUAAUCAACUUUAUCAUCUUCUAUGUUUAUCAGACUUAAUGCUCAGUAAUUUAUUUGUAGUCUCUAAUUCGAUCUCUCCCUAUUAUUUAGCCUAAAGUAAGGGCAUCUUCUCACUGUUUUGACCAAACCCAAAUUUUAAGGUAUUUUAGUGGCUAACAUCUCCCAUGAGCAACAACCUAUGUACUUAAUUCUCACAUAUUCUUUGAAAGACAUCUUUAAGGUUAUCAAAUCAAUCAUAAAAUAGUUGGGCAAUCUCAUACUUUAUCAAUAAUGACAUAUUAUGUACAUCUGACUUGACGCUUAUUUGUCAUUUGACCAAAACUGGAAGAAACGUAACAUUCGUUUUUUUAAAGAAAAAUAGCACAAAGUUGGCGAGAAGUCACAAAUCAGAUGCCUCAUUAUCGACACUAAUAGAGGAAUUGUUAGAAAGUGUCAUCUGAGGCAUGUUUUCUGUGUUAUUUAUGGACGUUUUGAUGGAUAUUUUAUCGAACGCUUGAGUAAACACAAGGAACAAAAGAUUUAGUUCAAAACUUCGAUCGGUCUAACUUGUAGCAACAACACCCAACAAGGAUAAAAGUUGGUGAAUAAAUGUUACAUACACGUCUCUCAGAUGCUUUAGUCCAGAUUUGUUGUUCCAGUUUCGUCUGGUCCUCUGUGGCGUUACUUCGUGACGAGGUAAUGAAAUAACUUGAAACAUUGCAAAUCUAAAAGUGUCGGCUUUUCACCGAACAUUCGAAGUCUUUGAAAUAAGUUGUAGUCAGAGGGAACAAAAUGAUUCCUAAAGGACAAGAAGGAUCAGUGACAAUCCGUCUGUAUCUAUGGAAAACAACCACCUGCUCGAACACACUCCAUCUUUGACUUUAGACUCCGCCUAAACGAUGGAAUCUGUGACGUCGGACUACCGGAAUGCGGAAUGCGGAAUGCGGAAUACACUAUCUAUCGUUUGUACGCGCCAAUAUCCUGUUAUAACUGGUGUGUUUAAAAUAGGUUGUGAAAGUCGUGUUACUUGACAUUUCGAGUUUAUUCGAUGUUGACAUUAAUUACCAUGAUAAUAAUCGUCCAUAAUAGCCCUUUUCGUAGUCAGACCAUGCCAUACAAUUUGAGACAAUUAAUGACUUGACACUGGGUAUACUUACUUACUUACUUACUUACUUAUAUUUUAAUCCUCGUAGUCUUUACAACUAUACAGGAUGGUAUCUGUAUCUGGGUAUAUUAGAACUACAAAAAUAUAAUAAUAACCGUUUAAAAGUGUUGAGGGAAAACUUAUGAGGAAUACAAAAGGCCCAAAAGGGGGCACUAAUACAUUGCAAAAAAAGUCGGCUAGACCUCUUUAGCUAUUCAAGGAAGGUGUAAAAGAAAAGUUUCUUGAACACAGAAUAAUACACUAUAUUCACUUCUCAUUUAACCUGUGAUUUGCGGAUUCGUACAGUAGAAGUUAUCUUAACGGACAAACUCGUAUAUAGCGGAUAGCUCUACUUACGACCGCCAUCAGAAAACCCCGUUUCAACUCCCACAAAAACUUUGCAUUUUUACAUUCCGUAGGCGGCCGCGGACACUCAAAGGGUUUACCGGCGAAUUAGAUGUUAGCUUUGAUUUAAAGCUCUCGUAAGCAGACACCCGAAAGAAAAUCCUAUCCUCCUCUGAAUGUUGUUGUUGUUGUUGUUGUUGUUUUUUUUUUUUUCAUAUCGUGUCCACAGUUAUAUCGCUGUUUGUCACUGUUAUGAAUCAUUCUUAUAUAUCCGUUUCAGAGUUACCGUUUUUUCACAUACACGUCCGGUUACACUUGAAAAUACAAACUGAAUUGUAUGCUUUGACCUAAAUUACAACAAGGCCAGAACAACAGCAUAACCAUACACUAAAAAACAGUUUUUUGAAUUUCCAGUGUUAAUUUUUAACUGGGAGAAGCUCCCGUAGGCGGCCAUCUAACCUUUACACCUCUUUUAAAGUGGCUGAAUUCCACUUUAAUAACUAUGCUGCAUAUGAGAUUCAUUCUUGUAAGCGGCCAGAUCCAGUUAAGGACACCUUUUUCUCGUCCCGAGGGCGUCCUCUUACGAGAGCCUCCACUAUAUUACAAUUUUAGGAUUUCUCUUACAUUUUAACAAAUUUUCGUUUAAUGACGCACAAUCGAACCUCUACUUGUGACCACCCAACUUAAGUGACCACUUCCCAAUAAGCGAUCACUCAUCCAAAACACCAAAUAUCCGGUCAAAGCACUUGUAGUUGGAACCUCCUGUAAACGAACACAUCCACAUGCAGUAAACAACCGCGACCACUUUUUACGGUGACAGUCAAUGAGAAUUUUCCAUGAUGCAAUGGUCUGAUCUCUGCGUUCCCUGUAUGUCCUGCGCUACUCGGAGUAUCAGAGGAACUUUACAAACAAAAUAGAUUUAUCUAUAGUAUAUUGUAACUUAAAAAUUGCGUGCAGUACAUUCACUCCAAAAAGUAGAUAUGUCCGCACUUUUCCUGGUUAAAGACCUCCUGCAGGUCGACUCUCGUAAAACCCUUAUUUUCCUUGGCCAAUCCCAUGGGCAUUAUUUACUGGGUGUCUUCCGACCACGCACGGACCGGAACAUCAAAUGUCUGUAAACUUAAUUGUUGUGUCUGUCCAUAAUUCAACAUCUGCCUGCCUCAGCACGGCACACUAACCUGGGCACUAAACUGGUUUUGGUGCCCCAAGAGUACGCAAAAAGGCCCUUCCGAGGAUGUCUAGAACGAGAAAAUUGACCUUACCUGGGUAGGGUGAGAAAUUUGAAAUCGAAGUAUUACAGUUGAAGUAUCUCUUGAGGGAAUGUAGGAAGAGUGUUAAACAUAUGGAGGCGGUUGUUUGAGAAAAAGAUCUAACUCAAUGUGAAAGUGUGGUGUAUUUUGAAUUCUACUUGAGAACAUUACUGCCACAAUUAGACUUCAUAAGACCCCCAAACCGUGCUUGGUAAAAAAUUCAGUGUUUAUGACAGUCAAAUCUGGUGCCAGCAGGGUAGAGCAUUUGUACGCAAUUUGGCCACUUCCCCGGGGAGGGGGGGACUCCCGUAUGACAAAAAAAAAUGGAGUUCUUGUCGCAAGCCAAUCUGGACAUGUCUCACGUUUUAUUUGUCUUUUUGAGCUGGUCUGCACCAAGAUCCGGCUUCACUUCGCUGUUAUUUGACGUGCAACUAAAAUAACGAAAUGGGCUCAUUUUUAAUCAUGGUCUGAAUAAAGUUGCCAAUAGAUUUGGAAUUCUAAAAUUUUUAUUAGCAUACAAUAACAAUAAAAUUAUCUCAGAGAAUGUCGGAAAGUCAUAUUUUCAACUGAAUUUUGUUCACUGGACUCUUGCUCCUAGCUCCUGGCUCCUGGCUCCCGAUACAGUGUUUCCUUAUAGUGGCCAACCGCUGCUUAAAAAUGCGGGCUCCACUUAAUGUCAAAGAUGGCGGACGUUUCGUUGUUGUUGUUUGUAAGAUGUGAAUUGAGCUACAACAGUGGCAGAAAUAAUUCUUUCCAUGGAUUAAAAAUCGGCUUUCUACUUUUCCUAUUGUUUUCUCCUAAAACAACUUGAUUUGGAUGUUGGUGCGUAAACUGAUGGCUAAGGAAUUUUAGUAGUACAGCUAGUCACGACGCUGAACUACGCUGAACCACUAUGGCUGAACUGGACAUCGAAGGUGGCUUGGGGAACAAAUCAAAGCGGGCACAAACUAGCAGUUGAGACAUCUAAGAGAUACGUAUAUGGAUUUUAUUGACCGUUUAUAUUGUUUUUAGGGCAAACUUAUUAAAGUAAGUAAAACUGUGAGUUAAAUCUUUGUAUGUUGUUUUUACUUGAAAAGAUCGCGUAUAUAGCUAUCAAAAAUAAUCGUUAGAGUUUCUUGACAACAAUUUCAAAGAUUUUACCCUUAUUGAUGAUAAAUCAUUGUCUGAUGAGGUUUUUUGUUCGAUUUCUCCUCAUUCAAAGGGAAACACACGAAUAUUGUGAGAGCCUGAAUUUUGAUGAAAUAUGCAAAAGUCAUUCAGUCACAUGAAUAGUUUAUGUCAACACAUGGAAGAAAGUGAAUUGCCCAAACUUUUUAUGAUCUUUUUCUAAACUUAAGUGAUGGCUUUAACUACUCAUGCAAAAGUUAUAAAGAUAAGCUGUUGCUCACCAGAGAUAUUGGGGAAUAAAAUACCCUAAUUUUACGACUUACUCAAAACUUGGAAAUGAUGACCCAACUCAAGGGGGCUAAGAAGGGGGAAAUCGAAUCGGCGACUUCAAACAGUUUAUUGUGCUUAAAGUCUUAUGAACUCAGAUUAUCUCUCAGUGCAUUUAACUUCCAGGUGGCUUUUCUGUUUGUAGCACUGGCAUCGUAAAGUUAGCUAAUUAAUUAUGCAUAAAACGGCAAAAAUGGUGAUUUUUACAGGGGGAGCCCAGAUCUCCCAGGGAAUUUAAUAUUUUGACCUGAAAUUCUGUCAUUUAAGUUAACUCCUGAUACCUAACAUUUGUGCCGAGUUUGAGCGAAAUCGGUGAUUUGAGCAUUAUCACCCCCUGCUUGGUUCUACCUGGUUUUCUCAUGGACACACUCUUAAUUUGGGUAAUUAUGUGAUUUUCACCACCAGUUUCACUCUUCAUUGAGCCUUAAAUUUUCAUGUAGUCCCAUAAAAUACUUCAAACUGCAGCAUAAUUUUAAAAGGAGUCAAUAUAUUUUGCAGAUUAAACUGAAGUGAAAAAUGAGAAUGUGAAACUUUUUCAAGAUCACUGUUUUAUGUGUAACAAAAUUUUAUUGUUUUUCUUAGAAAUCUUUGAUUGACAUGUAUUCUGAUGUGUUGGACCUUCUAUCAGAGUACGAUGCAAGCUACAACACGACUGAUCAUCUCCCUAGGGUAUGUAAAUAGUAGGGCGAGAUGUUUAUAGCGGUUGAGCAUGGAUGUAAGCUUUGGAACAACUGCAUCAGUUAAACACAAAACAAUGCUGGCCAGCGGUUUCUCCCAGGGCUGGUGUGCGGGGGUGCCGGGGGUUGCCUGCAGGGGCUUCACAUGCUUUACAGCUUGGCAGGGUUGUCAUGGAUACCCUAUGCUUUCGGCUCAGUGUGAUUUUUGGCUCCACCUUCCUUUCAGGCACCAUUCCCCAAGGUCAUCUAUUGUUGAUAGGUUUAAACAGCCUUGAAGUAAAAUAUUUGGCCUCAACAAGUUCAAUAACUUCAUUAAAAAAUAAAAAUAAAAAAAUUAAUGUCUAAACACCUACUUGUCUGUGCAUUAAAACAAUAUCAUUUAUUGUUAGUUUUAGCUUAUACUGAUUGAAAGGCAGGCGGCAAAUAAUUUUGUCCACCAAUUCUGAAAAAUUUUAGUCACAGAUCAUUGCAGUUUUGGUGGUAUCUUUUUUCAGGUUGUAGUAGUUGGUGAUCAGAGUGCUGGUAAAACAAGUGUUUUAGAGAUGAUUGCACAGGCAAGAAUCUUUCCAAGGUCAGUUGCUGGAGGUGGCUUUGUGACUUGAUCUGCCUCUGGAUAUACCACUGUCACUGUCAUCACUACAGUCAUUAGGGAGUUUUAGCAUCGACGACAUCUACAACAGCGAAAUCGUCACUUUUAAAAUGACUUAGCGUUUUUCAAACUUUAUCACAUUAAUUCCAAUUCACUGAAAAUGUCUAAUGUAGGUAAAUUUCCCUGGAGUUGAUUUCUUGGGGACCCACUCAUGUUUAGAAAGAGAAAGAAAAUUUCUCUGUCGCUUGUUUACAUCCUCCAUAAAACGUGAAAUCAGGCAUUUUCACGUCCUAGUCGUGGAGCAACGGCAAAGAAAUGUACAAAAAAGUGUGAUGUAUGUGCAAACUUGAUGUUUCGUUUAAUAAACCUAUUGCUGUUUUGACGUUCUCGUAGCUGUCGCUGUUGUCGUUGCUAAAACUCCCUAUUGCAUCAUCGUCACCAUAAUGCUCAUCAUCAUCAUCAUCUUUAUCAUUGUCAUUGUCAUCCUCUUCACCAUCAUCGUUACCAUCAUCAUAUUCAAUAUUUCAAUCAUCAUCACUAUCAUCAUUGUAUCAUCAUUAUUGUAUGUUUGUCAUUUUUUUUUGUCUGCAUUUGUGGCAAGACUCCUUCCCAAAAUGGUUUGUGCAAAUUUUUCAUUAUUUAAACCACAAUAGAAUGCAGCCUUACAAAUUAUGUUACUAUCAUUAGAGCAAUUCUCAGUAACAGACGAGCAAAGUGGGGAAUGAAAAAUUUUGACUCCCCCUCAAAUUUUGUAAGCGAUUAGAUGUUGAGGCGGGGAUCUUUAAAAAUGCACUCUGUUCAGGUUGUUGUCUUUCUCAGCAACUGUAAAUAAGCAUCUUUGUUCAACUUCUUGUGGUUGAAUUUAUAAAGUGGUUUUUAUUUCUUAUGUUCAGUGAUUUACCCCACCCAUCAAUUUAUUUUGUGCUAUCACACUUGCUUAAGGAAAAUAAUAUAAAAUACAGAAAUCUAGCUAACAAUACAUUCCGUUAUGCUUUUAUAACUCUUUGUGUUGGCCUGAAAUUCAUCCGAUUGCUUAGAGUCGUUUUCUCCUCUCAACAACGUCUGAAUCGACCAGCCGUUAAUGCCGUCCGGUGACGUCACUCACUACCUAAAAACUGGGUAGUGAUUUUUAUUUUUAUUAUGUAUAAUUGUGAAAAAUUUUAGCGAGAUUGUCGAUUGAUAUUCAGCAGAUCGCAUCCCUGGCAUUCUUUCAUUUAGUUCAAACAUUUCGAUAAGCUUAAUCUUUAUCUUAAACAGCAAAAUUGCCCUUGUCUUCGAAACUGAAAUGCUAAAUUGAACUGCGAAUGAAGAAUCAUUGUGGAGAGUUGGUGGGUUUUUCAUUUAGAGCCGCUUUGUGGUUUCGGCAGCCGGUGAUUUUGUUUACGCAAAGUUUUCUGAGAUCAAUGUUAUAAUUCGACCUUCUUGCUAUUUUUACCGUCAAGUGUAAUGAUUCUGUUAGCUUUUCUUUCUUGUCUCCUUGUUUUUUUAUCUUCGUUAAGGACCACAUAGCUUCUUUUCAAUUAAAACAAAUCAUUGUGUUUUUGAACUAAGUGUUCCGUGUGUGUUUAUUUCAUUGCGUGAUUGCGACCGUAGACUACGAGUAGUCCCCCAUUUUUCCUCAGGGAUAGUAGAGCGAGCGAAACGCGAGCGCGCGUGAAAAUCACCCCACGCGAGAAAAGGCGACUCGCGGCGGGGAGAGAGAAAAAUGAGGGACUACAGACAAAGCCCAAGCUUUUGAACUAAUGCGUUGCUCUCACAACGCAAAACUCCGAUUGGCUCUUCCAUGGAAAUCUGUCAACAUCUGUCAAUAACGCGCCAGCCGCUAUCAACACUCGACAUAAUCACAAUUUACAGAACAAAUAACUGGAGCAGAACAAAUAACAGCAGAGAACAAAUAACUAGUAAGAGUUACUCUUGUAGAAGCAACUAAGAAGAAAGCCAACCCAGCAACUGAUGAGGUUCGCGAGGAGAACCGAAACCAUGGUCUUGCCUGAUCACAAAGUGGGAAUAACAGAACAGUCGCAAGGCUGUUAAGCUUAUUCAAAAGUUAUCACCAAAGAAGAAACAACGCACUCCAGUCCAAAGACUCACAUUAUCGCCAGAAAAACAAGCGGCAGUGAAAAUUCAUGAGCAGUCAUGACUGGGUCACAUUGCAGAUCUCCAUAGUUGAUGUAGUUUUAGUUUAAGCUGCAAUCCAUUCUUCGAGAUUUGGAUAUCACUAUCCGUCCUGCUUAAAACGCUAACGAGCUGGGCCCAGCGUGACAAAACAUUGCAGGAAACAGUCACAUUCACGGCCAAAAAGAAAAUCGCUUAAAAUUAUUCAGAUCCAGGAGGCAAUCGCCGGAGAAAUUAAACAACCCAAAACCCUUAUUUAGCCGCAUUGAAGAGCUUUAAUUUUCAAGAGAGGUCAAAGAAAAUGCUCUUGCAUCAGAGGGCAAAUCAUGCCGACCAUAAACAAUCACCGCAGAAAAUUAAUAUGCGUGUCACGACCUUUCAGUAUAAAAUAAGCGGCAAAAAUCACAUUUGCUCAGUCAAAACGUUUUCCUCCAGAGCAUAAUCUACCUGUCAGAGAAAAAAAAUCAUUGGAACAAGCAGUAUUUUUGCACGAGUAAAAGUCGUGUGUUGCCUACACUAUUAAGUUCUUCACGCGAAACAGCCGUGAAGAAAAUUAGUAUCUGGAUAUUCUUUUGCUUGCAAUAAAUAUCCCCCGCAGUUUACCGAUGACAGGAGCAAUGACAGCUCAACGAGGGGAGGAAUUCCAUUGGAUGCGCUUAAUUGAUUUGGAAGGGGAUACGAACUUCACACUCCAAAAUCAGUCGGCCGUGAAGGGUAAAAAGCUUGGGCUUUGUCUGUAGUCCCUCAUUUUUCUCUCUCCCCGCCGCGUGUCGCCCUUUCUCGCGUGGGGUGAUUUUCACUCGCGCUCGCGUUUUGCUCGCUCUACUAUCCCUGAGGAAAAAUGGGGGACUGCUCGUAGUCUAUUGCGACCGAGUUUGAUUGUAGAAUUUAGUACAACUGGUUCAGAGUUGUACUGCAUGCAGUUCAUAGUUUGAACGUCAAACGUGAAUUAAAAUCGGAAAAAAUAAAGCAGUUCUGUAUCAUGCAGACAUUUCCAAACGAUAUUUCUCAGUUUGCCACUUGAAAAUCGUGUUUUACUGGUACUUUUUGCAUAAAUUAAAGUAAAGGUCAAGGAGUAGUAAUGUCACUGGACGACAUUAAUGGCCGAUUGAUUCAGAUGCUACUGAGGGAGUAAUAACGACUCGAAGUAAUCGGAUGAAAUUCAGGCCAUCUUUGUGUUUCUUGCUAGUAACGUGGCAGUAAUACUUAAAUCAGUUUAUUUAUAGAUGAUAUGAAUUCAUUUGCAGAGGUUCAGGGCAGAUGAUGACUCGAGCACCUGUUAUGGUAAAUAAUUUUUUCUAUUUUUUGUGAGGCAGGACUGUCACUAAGAUUUCAACUUACUGGAGAAUUGAACAACUAGGAAGUUCUUUUGUUGCCUAUUAAAAUAACCAUGCGUGGUGCUUAUAGUAGCUGGGCAGUUUCCUAUCCCCUAGACCUUAGUGUCAGCCCAGUAGAUAACAGUGGAACCCCGUAAAUACAUCCACUAUUGGGCCCAAAAAAAUUGGCCGUAUUAACAUAGUGGCCAUUUUAUUGAGGGCUUUUUUACAAGAAAAUGUAUGGUGGUUUUUGCCAGGCAGCCAAAAAAAAGGGCCAUAGUAAUGAGGUGGCCGUAAGGCGGGGUUCCACUGUAUCUCAUUGGUCAUCCAUAAUUUUUAACCGCGCCUGGUUAGCUCAGUUGGGAGAGCGCCGCUCUGCUGAGUGGGAGGUCGCGGGUUCAAACCCCGGCCGGACCAACACUUAGGGUCUUUCGUUAGAAGAAAGUGCUGCCUUUGUAAUGUCAUCUGCAAAUAGUUAGACUUUCUAGUCUUCUCGGAUAAGAACGAAAAACCGUAGGUCCUGUCUCACAACACUUUCACUGAUCUGUUCUUGUGGGACGUAAAAGAACCCACACUACUGUUCGAAAAGAGUAAGGGACGUAGACCCCGGUGGUGUGGCCAGCCUUUAUGGGUUGUGGGAUUGGGUAGGGGUGGCACCUUGCAUGGGACCUAUGAGUCCUGUUCGUGCCUGUUCCGUCUGGGCAGGCCUGUGUCCAGAAAAGCUUGUAAAACAAAUAAUCGUAUUUCUUAAUAAUCUAAACCAAAGUUGUGAGGAAGUCCCGGAUUUCACAGUUAUGAAAAAAAUUUAAAGAAGAAAUAGAGCAGCUAAAAAAUAUUAUGCCAUGCCAAGUGUAGAAAUGAAUUUUCUAUAUUUUUUUAGUACGCCUGAACAACGUACUUAGCUUUUUAGCUUGUAUUGGAUUAUGACUGUGAGAUGGACGCAUUAUAAGUCUGACAAACUGACAUGGCUUGCUGACAAGAGCAUUUGUUAUUUGCUAUUAAAAACCGGAAGGGACAUAACGUAGUUUUAUUGAAGACCUGAUUUUCAAGCUCAUUUGUUUGCAACAUGUAAACCUCUUGGCCAUGUCUGUAAUAGGCGAGUCAAGGUAUUUAUAAGGCCGAAACAAUGGCAACAAAUGUAGAACAUGGCCGUACUAAGUGUACUAACGUACUAAGACCAAAUAGAACACGGAACGUAGAACACAGCCGUACUGACUGUACUAACGUGAUUAAGGCAGAAUAAACUGCCAACAUACAUACAACGUGGCCGUACUAAGCAUACUAACGUCAGUAGGACACGGUGCCACUUGCUGCAGUCUAAUGAAAUUUGGUGCAACUUGGUGUAGUUUGGUGCAGCUUGGCUCAAUUUGCUGAACCUUGGUGCAGAUUGGUGCAACUUGGUAGAAAGUGGUGCAGAUUGGUGCAACUUAGUGCAUUUUUGUGCAGAUUGGUGCAACUUGGUACAGAGUGGUGCAACUUGGUGCAGUUUGGUGCAAUUUGGUGCAACUUGGUGCAGUUUGGUGAAACUUAAUGCAUCUUGGUGCAGUUUGGUGCAAUUUGGUGCAGAAUGGUGCAAUUUGGUGCAACUUGAUACAGAUUGGUGCAACUUGGUGCAAAGUGGUGCAACUUGGUGCAGUUUGGUGCAAUUUGAUGCAGUUUGGUGCAACUUGGUGCAGUUUAAUGCAGAUUUAGGUAUUUUAGGUAUUUUUAUUUAUUUGCCACACAAUUACAUUACUUAAAGAUGCUAAAAGAAAAAAAAAAUGUAGGAAGAGAUGGCGAGGAGGCCUAAAAGAAACUAUAGAGCUUAUAUUAAUUAGGCCUCCUCAAUUACAAUUUUUCGAAGAUGGCAUAAAAAUUACGGCGACGGGUACAGUAUAAUAUCAGGUGAAAAAUUAAACUAAUCAAUAUUACGGAAGUUUACAUGUACAAAUGUUGAAUAUUAAAAGGCUUUUUCCCAAGAUUUUUGUUGAAGUAUACUAAUAAUUAUUACAAAUAAAUGCCUUAAGUGCUCUUUUAAAGGAGAAAGGUGAGGAAGCGUUGAUGAUGUUGGUGUUUAAGGUGUUGUAAAAUUUAGGUCCUUGAUAAAAAACGGAAAAUUGCUUGGUUCGAGUACGACAGAAAGGCAGACGAAAUUUACACGAGUUUCUUGUAUUAUACGAAUGAACUUGACUUUGUAAGGUAAAUUUACAAUGAAAUUUUAAAGGUAGAGUAUGGUUUUGAUAGGAGUACAUGAAUAAGCCUAGUUGUAUUAAGUAUAUAUCAUGAAAUUUUAAGAUACCAAGAUUUUGAAAGAUUGGAUCAGUAUGUGCAUCGAAAGUGGUUUUAGCUACAGAUUGGUGCAACUUGGUACAGAGUAAUGCAACUUGGUGCAGUUUGGUGUAACUUGGAGCAAAUUGGUGCAGAUUGGUGCAACUUAGUGCAGUUUGGUGCAACUUGGUGCAGAUUGGUGCGACUUGGUACAGUGUGGUGCAACUUGGUGCAGUUUGGUGCAACUUGGUGCAGUUUGCUGCAACUUGGUGCAGAUUGGUGCAACUUGGUACAACUUGGUGUAGGUUGGUACAACUUGAUGCAGUUUGGUGCCCCUUGGUGCAGAUUGGUGCAAUUUUGUGCAGAUUUGUGCAACUUAGUACAGAGUGGUGCAACUUGGUGCAGAUUGGUGCAAGUUGUUGCAAUUUGGUGCAGAUUGGUACAACUUGGUGUAACUUCGUACAGAGUGGUGCAAUUUUGUGCAGAUUGGUGCACCUUGGUAGAGAUUGUUAAAACUUGGUGCAGUGUGGUGGAAUUUUAUGUAGUUUGAUGGUACUUGAUGCAGCUUGGUGCAGAUUCGGGCAACGUGGUGCAAUUUAGUGCAGAUUGGUGCAACUUAGUACAGAGUGGUGCAACUUAGUGCAGGAUGGUGCAGAUUUGUGCAGCUUGGUACAGAGUGGUGCAACGUAAUGCAGUUUGGUGCAACUUGGUGUAGUUUGGUGCAGCUUGAUGCAGUUUGGUUCGACUUGGUGCAGAUUGGUGCAUAUUGGUGCAGUUUGGUGCAACUUUGUGCAGAUUGGUGCAAUUUGGUGCAGUUGCGUGCAGAUUGGUGCAACUUGUUGCAGAGUGGUGCAACUUGGUACAGUUUGUGGGAACUUGAUUUAGUUUGGUGCAACUUGGUGCAGUUUGGUACACCUUGGUGCAGAUUGGUUUAACUUGGUGUAGAUUGGUGCAGCUUAGUAUUGAGUGGUGCAACUUGGUUCAAGCCUUUUAGAGUAUUCAGUUUAUGCUGCUCAUACUCUUCUGUUGCAUCACCUGCAUCAACCUGCUAACCAAUCGACCAAUAUGCACCAAACUGCAACAAGUUGCACCGGUCUGCAGCAAGUUGCACCAGACUGCACCAAGUUGCACGAAGCUGCACCAAAUUGCACCAAUCUGCACCAAGUGGGAGUAUAUUCGCCCUGAUAAUCAUGCUCAACCCACUUAUGAAAUGACUCCUUGGUUGAAACCUUUUAGAAUAUUCAGUUUACGUUGUUGAAACUCUUCUUGUGCAUCGCUAUUAAAGGACAACAGAAGGUCAAGAUUGUGUUGAUAAAAACGCCAAAACACCGUUUCCCCUCCAGGUUUCGUUCCAAUUCUUUCAGUGGUAUGAAAACGAUUUUCACCUGUGGCCAUAAUUGGCUAGCAAUAUUACAUUUGUGACCGAAAAAGGGUUGUAAUUUGUUUUUCUAAUUAACCCUUUCAGGCUGCGGCCGCGACAUAUUGUAAAACUGUAUUGAAACAGCUUGAACAGGGGAUUUGAAAGCUCCUGGCCUCAAGUGUGCUGACAGUGCAUGUUUUGUUAAUGCGGCCAUAUUCGUGACGUAAGUUAGCAUUUUUUAGCCUUGAAAACGUUAUUGAUACACUAAAUACGGCCAUGUUCUCAAAAAGGUGGCAUUUAUUUUUCGGCGUUCGUACGUUAGUAUGCUUAAUACGGCCAUGUUUUACAUCUGUUGGUAUUAAAUUUGGCCUUACUUCGUUUGUACGCUUAGUACGGUCAUGUUCUACAUAUGUUGGUAUUUUAUUUGACCUUCGUUUGUACGCUUAGUCCGGCCAUGUUCUAUGUAUCGUGUUAUUUAUUCGGUCUUAGUACGUUAGUACACUUAGUUCAGCCAUGUUCUCUGUAUGCUGGUUAAUUAUUUGGCCAUAGUACGGCCAUGUUCUUUGUACGUUAGUAUGGUCAGUACUGCUGUGUUCUACGUUUUUUGGCAUUCAAUUAGUCUUAGUACGUUAGUACCCUUAGUAAGGCUAUGUUCCAUUCCACCUUGUUCUAGUUGGUAUGCUUAGUACGGCCAUGUUCCAUUUUCAUCUGCAUGUAUGCAUGGCUUUUUUGGGCUUUGUCAGUCAUGUUUUACGUCUAUCAAUUAGUGUUUUCAUAAGUUUUGCGGCAAACACAGAGCACAGAAUAUAGCAAAGACAACUGAUAAAUAAAAAUAUGCAGUGACAUCACGCUUCACGCUUCACGCCCUCUUUACGCUUAACUUUCUGGAGUAGUAAGUAAAGACAUCAGAAUCCAGUAUACAUUGAAUUCAAUAAACUAACUAAUAACUCACUAAAUUCCAAUUCCCCUAUCAGGCGUACUAUGCAAAAAAAAAGAAUAGAAAGAGGUGCCUAGAACUCACAGCGUAUGUUCUUUUCACAUAAACAGCGGCUACUUAUGAUAGAUUUGUAACUGUAUCUUCUUUUCUUUAAGGUAACAUUGAGUGAAGGGCCAAACCACAUGGCUCAGUUUAAAGGGAGCUCUCAUCGAUAUGACCUUACUCAAGAAGAUGAGGUACAUGUUGCAACUUACAGAAGCAAGUAAUUUGAAUUUCCCAAAAGAUUUCACUUUCCCUUAAGGCAAUUCAAGAACAGAAUUCACUAGCCUGAUAACAAAAUUUACUAUCCUCGGGCUAUCGGACACAACUUUCUUUGGUUGCACACUAGAAAUGAGAGGGUGUGAACUUAUAAUUUACCAAGUUGGUGUUAAAUGUUGUGAGAAAUGAGGAGAAUAGUAGAGGAAAAGGGCGGACGUAGGACUGCGGUGUACAAAACAGCUCAUCGUUAGCACAUGGAUGGUAGGGUGGGCAGAAAAUGAAGACCUAGAAGCAAAGAGUGGUUAGAGUGACUGUUAAGCUGAUUUUGAGGGGAAGGUCAUCUUUCCUACUUUAGUCGGGGUUCUGUAAAAAACUAGCCCCUGGUCAAAUCUGUUGAUAAUUGAAGAUCUUGUUGUUCCUUGCGUAGGAUAUGCUGAGAUAGCUGUUUUGAGCUAUUUUCAAGUGAUUUUGAGGGGUUCUUUGUUUUUGAGUCUUUGGUCUUUGGCCUUUGUUUUGUACCCACCCGCAGAUGUGAGCUGUGUAAUGUUUGUACUCUUUCAGCUUAGAGCCCUCCGACAAGAAAUUGAAAUUCGAAUGCGGAACAGUGUAAAACGUGGACAGACAGUCAGUGGAGAGGUAGGGUUUUUUUUGUAAAUAACUUUUCAUGUAAUUGCUAAUAAGCUUACAGUCUUCCUGCGAGGCUUAGAGACCCAUUUGUAAGUAGAAUAAUUAUUGUUUGUUAUUUUAUAUCUUUAUCUUCCAGGUAAUAUCACUUAGUGUGAAAGGACCAGGACUUCAUCGGAUGGUGUUAGUUGAUCUUCCAGGAAUUAUUGGGGUUAGUUUUCCAAUAAUAUAUGUACAUACAUUUGAUUGGCUUUCUCUUAAAGCUAGAUGAAGUUUUUGCUUGUAGUAAACCAUUUGUAUUGUUAAAAUACAUUCGAAGCUCUCCUUUUGACCACUCACGUAAGCGACCAGCUCAAGUUACGACCACCUUUGUGACACCUCGUUUGAACUGUGGCUUCAACUUUGUAAUGAAAAGCUCUGGUAAGUGACUGCGACCAUUUUUGGGAUUACCCAAGGAAACUUUUCCUUUGUUUUUUAGCUCUCGUAGCCGACCACCCUCAAUUGUUUUACCAUGCGGUCCCUUUUGGGAGCUUCGACUGUAACUCAUUUAAGAAUUUUUCUUUUGCAGACAGUCACUGCUGGGAUGGCAGAAAACACCAGGGGUGAUAUUGUAGAAAUGAGCAGGUACAUAUUUUAUAUAUUCAUGCAGGGUUACUGCCUCCUCCACAGGCCUUCCCAAGGCUCACUGGGGAACACGCGAGAGCUGGAGACAAGCGAGAAGCGCGAGAGGGGGAUGAUGGGAACGAGCGUAGAGCGCAAGCUUUUUCUCCCCUUCUCAUUACUCCCUUCGUCCCCUCCCGCUUUCCCGAAAAAAUCAACUCAAAAUAUCCCCCAAAAAUUGAUCGCGAGCGACUGAGGACGAGGUUACAAAUAUAUUUUUUCUCAUCUUUUUUAAGAAACGACGUUGUCUGCAUGCGCAGGUGCGCAAAUGAAGUGCAGGCGUUUUCUUCGGGCGCGCGAAUCUUUUAGCUCCCUAAAGGCUGAUUUCCACUGACGCGUUUUUGGCUACUCACGUUAACGCACGUAAAUUUUAAUUACGUAAAUAAAAUAGAGGCAAGAUAAAAAGUGCUGAGCUUAAACAAGACGUUGAGCGAGUGUCAACUUUUACGCUUACGAGCGACCUUUCAUGCAUUUCCUCUAUUUUAUUUGUGAACGUAAAUUUUACGCACAUACGCACGUAAAAAUUGCGCGACACUGAAAAUCAACCCUAAUGGUUGCUAUUUCUAUUCUUUUCAACCUUCCUCCGUCAUAAAAUCAAAGAUGGUGGCUACAACAACAAACAUAAAGAAGUUACUAUAGUUUUCACCCGCCCAAAAUACGCCUGCUGUACAGGCUAGAAAACAUUAUGCAAGACGUGAGAAUUUUUGUGAAAAUCUUUGUCUCUGCAACAGAAUUUUGUCGCAGGAACAAGACGCGAAAAAUCAAAUCGGACUGAAUUUGUGCGACUUGUUGCGGCGACAAAAUUCUGUUGCAGAGACAAAGAUUUUCACAAAAUUUCUCCAGUACACACGAAGCGAUUUGUCGCCGCAACAUGUUGGUGCAACAUCCUGUAUGGACCACAUCCUGUAUGUGAUCAUUCAGUCUUUGCAUGUUUAUGGUCGCUUAUGGGAGGUUCGACUGUAUUAAUAUUGAUAUUAAGUUUGUUGAUAUAAUGUUAUGGUUUUUAUUUCCUAUUUUUUUGUUUAGAAAGUACAUGAAGAAUCCAAAUGCUAUCAUCUUGUGCAUACAAGGUAAGAAAAUAAAUUCUCUUUUUUGCUGGCCCGGGUUGUUCAAACGUUGGAUAGCGCUAUCCACCGGAUAAAUCACUAUCCAGCGGAUAAGUAUUGCGGAAAUCAAUUACGCUAUCCGCUGGAUAGUGAUUUAUCCGGUGGAUAGCGCUAUCCAACGUUUGAACAACCCGGGCCUGGUGAUGAUUAUGGUAAGUAAAAAGAAAAGUGAAUACUGUAUGCUAUUUGUUCUGCACAACAAAAUAAUAUGCCAAAACAAAAUAAUAAUGAAAAACCAAGGAAUCAGCACAAACAAAUAACAGAGAGAUACUUCAGGGCGUGAAAUGAGCUCCCCAUUUCUUUGAGUUCUAAACGUUCUAAAACAUGUCAGGUAAAUCAAAAAAAGGCCAUAAGAAGCCGUCAAAUCAAUCUGCUAAUCAGACGGCAGCAGAACAAGCGGAAUUAUCCGAAACCGAAGAAAGUGUGUCUUUCCGGGAUGGCAACGAAGCAAUAAACAUGGCCGCCGGUCUUCAGGAUUUUGAAGUAAUUCUGACAAGACGGUUGAAGGAGCAAUCUGAGUCUAUUCACGAUAUGAUGCUUAAGUACUUCAAGCUUUACAAAGAUGAUAUAGACGAAAUUAAACGAAGCCAAGCUUUUGUUGACGCCAAAUUCGAAAAGGCUAAGAAGGCAACUGAAGAUCUAACUUCGGAGAACCGGCGCCUGAGAUCAGAAGUUGAUGCCCUGAAAGGGCAGCUUAAACAGUGCGAAAUUAAGCUGGAGGAAGUCGAAAACGACAGCGAGGCAUUAAAGCAGUAUCUUCGUCGUGAUAUGUUGGAAAUACAUGGCGUGCCUACGCGACCUGAUGAAGAAACAGACGAUCUUGUGUGUAAGCUUGUGGAGUUGGUUGAUCCUGAGCUUGAGAUCUCGUUGGCCGACAUUUCUAUCAGCCAUCGUCUGCCAAGUAGAGAAGGCCGAAAUGCCCCUCCAAUAAUUGUAAAGUUCUGUCGUCGUAAUGUCCGUGACCGUUUGUUGAGCAGAAAGAGAGAGUUAAGGAGUAAGACAGCUAUGGAUCUUGGUUUUACCGAAGAGUUUGACUUGUAUAUCAACGAGAGCUUGACCCAGAAGAACCGCGAGCUUUUGGCUAAGGUUAAAGAGUUCAAGAGGGUAAAUCACUUCAAGUUUGCCUGGACAAAGAAUGGCAAAGUUUUGUUGCGUAAAGAUGAUAACCCAGCAUCCCAAGUCUAUUCUUUUUUAUGUCUAUGGCAAAUUUUGAGGAGUUCAAGAACUCAAGACAAAGCUAAGUAUCGGGCUAUAUACAUUGACAGUUAAUUAUUAGCCAGUGAAGCCAAAUGGCUUCUGACUCUGAGCUCCCUGAGCCUGAGCUCCCUUUUUUCUCAUUUAGGCAAUAACGAUUUUAAUAUUGCUUUAUAUGAAAUGACGCAUGGACCUCUACAUUAUGAUAGCGAACGAUUAAGCUCUCUUUUGUACAACCCAAUUGAUAAUUCGUCUGUCUCUAAUCAGUUUUUCUUUAAUGAGUUAGAUCCAGAUCAACAGUUUACUUUUUUCUCCUCCUCCUAGUAAUUAUUAUACUGAGGAUGAAAUUAAUGCUAAGCUAACUAAUAGUUCAAAUUCUCCUUGCUUCUCUGUAUUUCAUAUUAAUACACGAAGCCUAAUCGGUCAUUUAGAUAAAUUUAAAUUCCUGCUUAGUCAUUUGCAAAAUCCAUUUUCUGCCAUAUGCGUAUCGGAAACCUGGCUAACUGAGCUUACGUCGGACCAGGUGGAAAUACCUGGAUAUAAAUUUAUUUCGAACCACCGCGAUAGCAAGUCCGCCGGUGGAGCAGGUCUUUAUUUACUUGACGAUUUAGAAUACAAAUUAUGCCGCGAUUGUAAUUAUUCUGAACCUGAAGUGAUCGAAACUCUUUUGUUGAAAUUAACAUUCCCAAUGGGAAAAAUAUUAUAGUUGGUACUGUUUAUCGUCCGCCUAAUUAUAACACUCGGGACUUUUUGGACAAAUUUAAUGAGAUUCUUGCUAAAAUAACUAGAAAUGACAAAUAUUGUUAUUUGGGUGGAGACUACAAUAUAGAUCUGUUUCACUAUUCCGAUCAUGCCCCUACUCAAGAAUUUGUUGAUAGUCUAUUUUCCCAUAUGUUCAUUCCUCUAAUCAAUAGACCGACUCGGAUCACUGCUCAUUCGGCCACACUUAUUGAUAAUAUAUUCACGAAUAAUGUAAGGUGUAAACAUUUCAAUGGUAUUGUUAUUAAUGAUAUUUCUGACCAUCUACCGGUUUUUGUUUAUGAAGUGGAUGAGACAGAAAUAGCGUCGAAAAUAGCCAAACUAAAUAUCUCACUAAAAGAGAUUUUUCAGAAAGAAAUAAGAGCAAUUUUCGGCUCUCUCUUUCUCGUGUUAAUUGGAAUUUACGUUUCGAUGAAAGCGAUACUAAUGAAUGUUAUAAUAGUUUUGUGAGUGAGUAUGUUCGAUUAUACAAUGAAAGCUUUCCAUUAAAAACGAUAAAACUUAAAACAAAGAAAGUAAUGCGCUCCCCUUGGAUAACGCAAUCUCUGCUUGUUUCUAUCAGGAAAAAGAUAAACUCUAUAAGCAGUUCAUUAACUCUAGGGACUCAACUACUGAGUUAAAAUACAAACGCUAUCGGAACAAACUGAAUCAUCUUAUAAAAAUUGCUAAACGAAAGUACUAUGAUACAAAAUUUGAGAAGGCUAAAAAUAACCUGAAAGAAACUUGGAAACUAAUCAAUGAUGUAAUCAACAAACCGAGCAGAAAAGCAGCUCUGCCAAAUUCCUUUUUCUGAUGGAAAACUGUUAAAUGAUCCACAAGAAAUAGCUAACUGCUUUUGUAAGUUCUUCACCAACAUAGGUCCGAAUUUAGCAAGGAAAAUUCCAGACACACAAGUAUCUUUUCGUAGUUUUCUUGGCGCUUCUGUUAAUGAGUCGCUUAUCUUAAAUCCAACUAAUAUUUCGGAACUAAAUCAAAUAUGCAACUCUUUUAAAUCUGGAAAGUCGCCUGGAUAUGAUAACGUUUCAAUGGAUAUAAUAAAAAGCACCUUUGAUCUCAUUUCUCAGCCUUUGGCCAAUGUAAUCAAUUUGUCUCUUAUUAAAGGAAUAUUUCCUGAUGAACUGAAAAUUGCUAAACUGAUUCCGGUAUUUAAAGCUGGUGAUUCCCAGUAUUUCACUAACUACCGUCCAAUUUCGCUUCUUUCUAAUUUUUCUAAAUUCUUUGAAAGAGUUAUGCACAAUCGUAUUACAAAUUUUUAGAUCGUUUAGAUAUCUUAUACUGUUGCCAAUUUGGAUUUCGUAAAAAUAUUCUACAGCGCUGUCUUUAAUUCAUCUUAUUAAUAAAAUUGCAACUGCUAUUGACAGAAGCGAAUAUACAGUUGGCAUAUUCUUAGACUUAUCAAAAGCAUUUGAUACUUUAGACCAUCAAAUACUCUUGUCUAAGCUUGAGCAUUAUGGGAUUCAUGGGCUAGCACUUAGCUGGUUGAAAAGCUAUUUGUCAAAUCGCGUGCAGUUUGUCCAGUACAAAGAGACUUGUUCUAUUAGGCUGACUCUGAGCUGUGGAGUCCCUCAAGGUUCUAUAUUAGGACCAUUAUUGUUUGUUUUGUAUAUCAAUGACCUCCCUUGUGCUACUCGUCUUGCUGAAACUAUGCUUUUUGCAGAUGAUACUAGUGUGUUUUAUUCUAAUCCCGAUUUAAAUUGUGCUAUUUCUGCCGUAAAUAAUGAUUUAUCUCAAAUUGAUCUUUUAUGAAAGCAAAUAAGCUCUCUGUUAACAUAACGAAAACUAAUUAUAUCAUUUUUGCAGCAAGGCAAAAACCAGUCGGCUUCCCAAUAAAUCCUGUCUUGUACGAUGAGGUUUUAUUAAAACAAGUAAAGGUAGUUAAAUUUUUAGGGGUUUUUAUCGACGAGCAUCUAACGUGGAAGCCGCAUAUUACUUAUAUAUGUAAGAAAAUUUCAAAAUCUAUUGGCGUCAUGUUUAGGUCUCGUUUCUUUCUUUCUGAAACAACAAAAAGUCUCUUUAUUAUACCUUAAUUUAUCCUUAUUUAACAUAUUGUACCACAGUUUGGUCCUCCACUUAUGUAACAAACCUUAAUAGAAUUUUUCUUCUACAAAAGCGAGCAGUACGAAUUAUUACAAAUGCAGAUUUUCGCGCGCACUCUGAACCAUUAUUUUUCCGUUUAAAGAUUUUGGACAUAUACAACAUUAAUUCAUUCUAUACUGCACAAUUUAUGUUUUCAUAUUAUCAUCAAUUACUGCCACCGCUUUUUUUCGAACCUUUUUGUUACUAGUAGCAAUAUUCAUAAUUAUAAUACUAGAAGUUCCUCGCAUUUCCGUUCUCAUGCCUGCCGAACUAACACCAAACAAUUUUCUAUUUUGUUCCAAGGCCCUAAAAUUUGGAAUUCUUUACCAAACUCAGUCACUUCGAUUUUUACAUUGCAAUCGUUUAAAACGAAAGUUUUUGAUUUUCUACUAUAUCGAUAAUGCGUCUUGUACUGUCCGUUGUUGUGUGUUGUUAUAGUUCUAUUGCUUAAUAUUAUUGUAACGAGGGGGCCUCCUCGUACAAGCCUUGUGGUUUUCUGAGGUCCCCUCGCCACAUCUUUGUAUAAUGUAAUGCUUGUGUAAUCUUUAUUGUGGGAAAAUAAUAAAUAAAUAAAUAAAUAAAUAAUUUUUUGACUGUUGCCGGUCAUGCUGAGCGGCCAAAAUAUAUUGACUGUCGUGUGGAAUUAGAAGGGGAAGGGGGAUACCCUGACUGUUGUUUAAGUCAAAAAAAGGAAACAAGCUUGCAAGAGGUACAUGGUGCUAAGUGUGCAGUUCUGAGAAAAUGAGUUUAGGGGGAACAUUUUUCGUCGACAGAUGGUGCCAUUGAUGCUGAACGAAGCAAUGUUACUGAUUUAGUGAGCAGUAUGGAUCCCGCAGGUAAGAAAAUUUCAUAUUUUGUAUCCAUCCACUGAACCUCAAAGGUGAGUACAGUCCACCCUCUCGAAAGUGGAUACCUUUGGGACGGCACUAAGUGCUUGUCAUAGAGAGAUUUUCGUCUCAUAGAGAGUCAAAUAAGGGGAGUAGAGAAAACAGGGACCAACUGUAGGUGUCGGUUUUACAAAAGUGUGCAUCUUAUAGAGGUGUCCAAUAAGAGAGAAUCAACUGCACUUUCAAUGAAAGUCAUGCUGUUGGCUUUGCUGGAGUCAUGUAAAAAAAAAAAUCACUUUAUAGGGGUAGCACAAUAACUGGUAACCCAGUAGUUUUCACUGAGUGACCCCCAAAUGAGAACAGAACCAUAUAAUUCAAAUAAACUUAACAAGGUCAAGAAUCCCAAUCGGUAGGAGCCAAACCAGUUUUAUAUUUUACAAAACAUUACCGAGAGGAGAUAAACUCGGGAAUACCAAGAACAAAUCUAGUCAGCAGUUAUUUUAUUUAACAGGGCUGUCAUUAAGACGCGAGAGCUGGGAAUUUCCCCCCGCUACUAUAAACGUGGCCCCCGGCUACUUUCUAAGGAAUAUAGAAGAAAAAUAGAACCAAAAGAAAUCCCUAGCUGUUUGAUUCCCCACCUACUUUUUGUAUUUACCCGGCAGCUUAAAAUCUUAGCGACAAUCCUGGGUUAAGGCGGGAAUUGAACUCUGGGUCCCCAGAAUGCAAUUUCAGCGCUGCCUCCCCCUGUAUUUGAGGGUUUGAAUCCUUUGAGAACAUGGAAAAGGUCUUUUUUAGUAACCUAGAUUUCAUUUAAAGAUUUUUUGACCUCGUAAGAUUUAUUAGCAGGUGUAAAUGAACGUUAUUUUUGUUGGCUUUGUUGGGUUUGCAGGAAAGAGGACUAUUUUUGUGCUGACUAAAGUUGACUUAGCUGAACAAAAUGAUGCUAACCCAAGCAGGGUAUGACUUUCUAUGCUGUUACCGAGAUCGAAAUACAGUCGAACCUCCUCUAAGCGACCACCCAAAAUGCAAAAACUGAGUGGUCACUUACGGGAGGUGCUCGUUUUCAAGAAUCGAACCACCGAGGGUCUCUUCCGAGAAGAGGUCUGGGCACAUCUAUUUUAUGGAAGAUAAUGUUAUUGGAUGCAAUUUCAAGUUACGCCAUGUGUAGUUCCAUGUUGACUAAGUACCAUAGUGCACACAGCGAAAAUAGAGACCGGAGAAUCCGUGAAAGGGUCCCUUACAAGAGGUUAAAAACAAUGGAAAAUAAUUAACCGUCAGGCCCAAAAAGUAGUCUCGGUCGCUUACAAGGGGUGGUCGUUUACUAGAGGUUCCAACUGUAACGCUUCGACUAGGAAAAUUGUUUUAUUUUGGAUUGGGGGUCAUUUAUGGAAGGUGGACGGUUACGAGAGCUGGCCGCACAUGGCAGUUCGACUGUAGUGCUUAUGUAAAUUUUCCCGCCUCCAUAAAGUUUCCGUUAUUUUUCAUGGCAGUAUUAAUACUCUGCGAUUACAUCUUAGUAUUCUGAUCAUGUUUACCAUUUCUGCUUAAAUUAAUGAUCCUGCAUUUCACACUGAUCUUGUAGAUAAAGCAGAUACUGGAAGGCAAGUUAUUUCCAAUGAAGGCUCUGGGCUACUUUGCUGUGGUCACUGGAACUGGUAAACAAAUAAAACUUCUUCAAGUCCCUGAUAGUUUGAUGCCUGUUCGUGAAUUUCUAGGGCGUUUAACAUAAGGAUAUGCUAAUCUGUGUUGAUUCUUGUCUGUUUGUCGGCAGGAAACACAAAUGAAGGCAUUGAUACUAUCCGAAGCUAUGAAGAAGAAUUCUUCAGAAAAUCAAAGCUUUUUAAGUGAGUGUCGAAAAUACUUCAAAGAUAUGAUAAGUUUAUGGAAGUGGUGUUCAAGUCAAUAGGAAGGUAGACAGGUAUGACAACAGCGCCACUACCAACCAAUCAGAGCCAGGAAAAAUUGAAAAAUUGUCGUAUGCAUUUUCCCGCGCUUAACACUGAUAAGCUACAUUGGCCUCAAAUUCUGAUUGGUUGUUUUGAUUCUCUGUCGUUCACCUGAUUGACUGAAUUCAAACUUUGAUUGUAGUUAUUGAAGUAUAAGGUGACAUACAUCGCCAAACCGGUGCUGCGUUUUUGAUAACAAGGCUUUCAAUUAAGUUAAUGGUUAUUUUUUGUAUUUUUGCUUCUUAGGUCUGGAGUAUUCAAAGCCAGUCAGAUGACAACCCAGAAUUUAAGCUUUGCCGUUUCUCACUGUUUCUGGAAAAUGGUUCGAGAGUCAAUUGAGCAACAAGCAGAUUCUUUCAAAGGUUUGUUGUAUUGACGCUUUACAACGGUUUCGCUGCUUAUCAAAUUCGCUACGUUCCAGUUUGCUACCUACAUAAUUCGUCUCGUUGCCUAUUGGCCAAGUCCAAACUUGCACCCUCUGAGGGGCAAGUUUUAAUGUGCUUGACUGAUUUGGUGUGUGUUCUACUAUGUUUUAACCGGUUCUGGAAAAGAUAGCUGCCAGCAGGGAUCUUUACUUGUCGGAGAUUUAAAAACUUAAUUAAAAAUAAAAUUCCUAACAACGCUAAACUGCGACCACUCCCUAUUCUUAAAAUUUAGACAGGGGACUGCAGGCGCGCGAGUAAGCAGGUCUGUAGAGUGGUGCAAUCGGUAAAUCCGUAGAUCAUUGGAUCUGUAGAUCAAUGGAUCAGUAGAUUUGUAAAACGCUAGAUCGGUGAAUCUGUAAAUCACUAGACGGAUCGACGGAUCUACAGAUCGCGACAUCGACGGAUCGCUAGAUCGGUAGAAAUUAUGUAGAAAUUAUGAAAUUAUGUAGAUCUAAAGCAACUGGUCUUGAUAAUAUUUCUGCUAAAAUUGUACGUGAAUGUGCUGAUCUUAUUUCAGUUUCACUAUGUGAUCUCUUUAAUAAAUCUUUAGUCUCUGGUAUAUUUCCUGAUGAUUGGAAAUGUGCUAGAGUUACUCCGUUGUUCAAGGAAGGUGAGCCAUCUGAUCUGAAUAAUUAUCGACCUAUUUCUGUCAUUUCCGUUAUAGCUAAAGUGUUUGAAAGGAUUGUUUAUGAUCAGUUGUAUAACUUUUUGACCAAUGAAGAUAUCAUUUCUAAUCAUCAAUCGGGUUUUCGCUCGUUACACUCAACUGCAACUGCCCUUCUGGAAGCUACGGAUAAUUGGGCCUUUAAUAUUGAUCGUGGCAAUGUUAAUGCUGUGGUUUUCCUCGAUUUAAAAAGGCUUUCGACACCGUUGACCACGAUAUCCUUCUAGCUAAAAUGAACCUUUACGGAAUACAAGGUACAGCUCUUGAUUGGUUUAGGUCGUAUUUAACUAAUCGUACACAACGAUGUCUUGUUAACGGUUCUCUUUCUAGAAUCUGCUCUCUUAAAUGUGGGGUACCGCAAGGAACAAUCCUUGGCCCCUUUUAUUUCUUAUUUAUAUUAAUGACUUGCCAAACUGCCUUACUUCGUGCCAGCCUAGAAUGUAUGCCGAUGACACCCACAUUACUUAUGCUGGCGUUGAUGUGAAUUCAAUACAGUUAACUCUGAGUCAUGAUUUAGAUAACCUAAACAAAUGGCUUAUUUCCAAUAAACUUACUUUGAACACUUCUAAAACUGAAUUCAUGCUAAUUGGCUCCAGACAAAAAUUGAGUACUUUGUCGAACCCACUUGAGCUCUCGAUUAAUAAUGUUCCGAUAGAACACGUUUCCUCUGUCAAAUCGCUUGGAAUAUUUAUUGAUGAAAAUCUACGGUGGCAAACACACAUUGAUAAAUUAUCUAAAAGGUCGCUUCCGGAAUUGGAGCAAUAAAAAGAAUUAGACCUUUUGUCCCUCCACCUACCCUUCACUAUAUAUACAACUCACUAAUUCAAUCUCAUUUCGAUUAUUGCAAUCUUGUCUGGGGUAAUUGUGGUAAAACAUUAUUUGACAGGCUACAGAAGCUUCAGAACCGUGCCGCUCGCGUUUUAACCUUCUCUAGCUAUGAUGCUGAUGCUAACCGUUUGAUUAGACAACUCGAUUGGAAAGACUUGAGCACUCAAUCUCAAAUACAGAAAUCCAUAAUGGUAUACAAGUCUUUAAAUGGCCUUGUUCCUGAAUAUUUAUCAUCUAAGUUUGUUAAACGAAAUGAAACGCGUUACUCCCUGAGGGACUCUGUUAACAAACUAUUUGUCCCAUUUCCGCGAACUAAUUUCAUGAAAAACAGCUUUACUUAUAGCGGAGCAGUUCUCUGGAACAGCCUACCCUGUCAUGUGAGAGAAGCCGAAUCUCUUAGUCAAUUUAAAAGAUUAGUUAAUGUUCACUUUUAAUGUUAUACACGGCAUUCAUGAAAAACAGGUUUUAGUUAGAUUAGUUGUAGUCAGGUUUUGAAUUUUGUUUAGGAUAGUUAGGUUAUUUUUAAUUUUUUAAAUUCCUGAUGGAUUUUACCGUGUUUAAAUAAAGAUUGACUUGACUUGACUUAUCUGUAGAUCGCUGGAUCUUUAGAUCGCGAGAUCGGUGGAUCUGUAGAACGCUAUGGAUCGGUAGGUCGCUACAUGGAUAGAUCUGUACAUCGAUAAAUCGGUGGAAGUGAAAGUCGAUAGAUCGGUGGAUCUGUAGAUCGCUUGAUGGGUGGAUCUAUAGGUCGCUUAAUGGGUGGAUCUGUAGAUCGCUGGAUCGAUAGAUCGCGAAAUUGCUGGAUCGCUAGAUCACUGGACCGGUAGAUCGUUAGAUCGCUCGAUCUGUAGAUCGCUCGAUCGGUGGAUCUGUAGAUCGCUGGAUCGGUAGAUCGCCAGAUCGGUGGAUCUCAACAUUGCUGGAUCGCUAGAUCACUGGACCAGUAGAUCGUUAAAUCGCUCGAUCUGUAGAUCGCCAGAUCGGUGGAUCUGUAGAUCGCUGGAUCGGUAGAUCGGUAGAUCGCUGGAUCUGUAGAUCACUACAUUCGUAGAUCUGUAGAUCGCCAGAUCGGUACAUCCUUGCAUCGCUUGAUCUGUACCUUGCUAGAUCGGUGGAUCUGUAGAUCGCUGGAUCGUUAAAUCGGUGGAUCUGAAGAUCACUAGAUCGGUGGAUCUCUAGGUCGCUAAAUCGCUAGAUCGCGUGAUCUGUAGAUUGCUGGAUCCGUAGAUUGCUUGAUUACUGCAUCGGUAGAUCGCUGGAUCGGUAGAUCGCUACAUCGGUAAAUCUCUAGAUCUGUAGAUCGGUAGAUCGCUAAAUCGCUGGAUCUGUAGAUUGCUGGAUCGGUAGAUCGCUGCAUCUGUAGAUCGCUGGAUCGGUAGAUCGCUAGAUCGAUGCAUCCGUAGCUCUCUGGAUCGGUAGAUCGUUUAAUCGCUGGAUAUGUGGAUUGCUAAGUCGGUGGAUCUCUAGAUCGCUGCAUCGGUAGAUCGCCCUAUCGCCGGAUCAGUAUAUCGCUAGAUCGGUGGAUCUGAAGAUCGGUAGAUCGAUAGAUCGCUGGAUCUGUAGAUCGCUAGAUCGCUAAAUCGGUAAAUCGCUUGAUCGUUUGAUCUGCAGAUCGCUUAAUCGGUAGAUUGCUUGAUUGCUGGAUCGGUAGAUCGCUGGAUCGGUAAAUCGCUAAAUCGGUAGAUCGGUAGUUCGGUAGAUUGGUUGAUUGGUGGAUCGGUAGAUCACUAGAUCGCUGGAUCUGUAGAUUCCUGGAUCGGUAGAUCGCUGCAUCUGUAAAUCACUGGGAUAGUAGAUCGCUCGAUCUGUAGAUCGCUAAAUCGGUGGAUCUGUAGAUCCCUAGAUCGGUGGAUCUGUAGAUCGCUAGAUCGCUUGAUCUGGAGAUCGCUGAAUCGGUAGGUUAGUUGAUUGCUGGAACGGUAGAUCGCUAGAUCGCUGCAUCUGUAGAUCGUUACAUCGGUCGAUCUGUAGAUCGGUGGGUUGGUACAUCGCUGGAUCGAUAGAUCGCUGGAUCAGUAGAUCGCUAGAUCGAUGCAUCCGUAGCUCUCUGGAACGGUAGAUCGCUGGAUCGGUAGAUCGUUUGAUCGCUGAAUGUGUGGAUCGGUAAAUCGGUAGAUCGCUAGUUCGCUUGAUCUGUAAAAAGCCCUAUCGCUGGAUUAGUAGAUCGCUGGAUCUGUAAAUCGCUAGAUCGGUGGAUCUGAAGAUCGGAAGAUCGAUAGAUCGCUGGAUCUGUAGAUCGCUAGAUCGGUAAAUCGCUUGAUCGCUUGAUUUGUAGAUCGCUUAAUCGGUAGAUUGCUUGAUUGCUGGAUCGGUAGAUCGCUGGAUCGGUAAAUCGGUAGAUCGCUAGUUCGCUUGAUCUGUAGAUCGCUGGUUCCGUAGAUUGGUUGAUUGGUGGAUCGGUAGAUCACUAGAUCGCUGGAUCUCUAGAUUCCUGGAUCAGUAGAUCGCUGCAUCUGUAGAUCGCUAGGAUGGUAGAUCGCUGGAUCUGUAGAUCGCUAAAUCGGUGGAUCUGUAGAUCCCUAGAUCGGUGGAUCUGUAGAUCGCUAGAUCCCUUGAUCUGUAGAUCGCUGAAUCGGUAGGUUAGUUGAUUACUGGAUCGGUAGAUCGCUGGAUCGGUAAAUCGGUAGAUCGCUAGUUCGCUUGAUCUGUAGAUCGCUGCUUCGGUAGAUUGCUUGAUUGGUGGAUCGGUAGAUCACUAGAUCGCUGGAUCUGUAGAUUCCUGGAUCGGUAGAUCGCUGCAUCUGUAGAUCGCUGGAAUGGUAGAUCGCUGGAUCUGUAGAUCGCUAAAUCGGUAGAUCUGUAUAUCCCUAGAUCGGUGGAUCUGUAGAUCGCUAGAUCGCUUGAUCUGUAGAUCGCUGCAUCGGUAGGUUAGUUGAUUGCUGGAUCGUUAGAUCGUUGGAUCUGUAGAUUGCUGGAUCGGUAAAUCGCUGCAUCUGUAGAUCGCUGGAUCGUUAGAUCGCUAGCUCGGUGGAUCUGUAGAUCGCUGCAUCGAUAGAUCACUGGAUCGGUAGAUCGCUAGAUCGAUGCAUUUGUAGCUCUCUGGAUCGGUAGAUCGCUGGAUCGAUAGAUCCCUAAAUCGGUAGAUCGCUAGUUCGUUUAAUCUGUAGAUCGCUGGAUCGGUAGAUUGGUUGAUUCCUGGAUCUUUAGAUCGCUAGAUCGCUGGAUCUGUAGAUUGUUGGAUCGGUAGAUCGCUGCAUCUGUAGAUCGCUAGAUCGGUAGAUCGCUAGAUCGGUGGAUCUGUGGAUCGCUGGAUCGAUAGAUCGCUGGAUCGGUAGAUUGCUGGAUCUGUAGAUCGCUAAAUCGGUAGAUCUGUAGAUCCCUAGAUCGGUGGAUCUGUAGAUCGCUAGAUCGCUUGAUCUGCAGAUCGCUGGAUCGGUAGGUUAGUUGAUUGCUGGAUCGUUAGAUCGCUAGAUCGCUGGAUCUGUAGAUCGCUGGAUCGGUAGAUUGGUUGAUUGCUGGAUCGUUAGAUCGCUAGAUCGCUGGAUGUGUAGAUUCCUGGAUCGGUAGAUCGCUGCAUCCGUAGAUCGCUGGAUCGGUAGAUCGCUAGAUGUGUGGAUCUGUAGAUCGCUGGAUCGAUAGAUCGCUGGAUCGGUAGAUCGCUGGAUCGGUAGAUCGCUGGAUCUGUAGAUCGCUAAAUCGGUAGAUCUGUAUAUCCCUAGAUCGGUGGAUUUGUAGAUCGGUAGAUCGCUUGAUCUGUAGAUCGCUGCAUCGGUAGGUUAGUUGAUUGCUGGAUCAUUAGAUCGGUAGAUCGCUGCAUCUGUAGAUCGCUGGAUCGGUAGAUCGCUAGAUCGGUGGAUCUGUAGAUCGCUGGAUCGAUAGAUCACUGGAUCGGUAGAUCGCUAGAUCGAUGCAUUUGUAGCUCUCUGGAUUGGUAGAUCGCUGGAUCCAUAGAUCCCUAAAUCGGUAGAUCGCUAGUUCGCUUAAUCUGUAGCUCGCUGGAUCGGUAGAUUGGUUGAUUGCUGGAUCUUUAGAUCGCUAGAUCGCUGAAUCUGUAGAUCGCUGAAUCGGUAGAUCGCUAGAUCGGUGGAUCUGUAGAUCGCUGGAUCGAUAGAUCGCUGGAUCCGUAGAUCGCUGGAUCUGUAGAUCGCUAAAUCGGUAGAUCUGUAUAUCCCUAGAUCGGUGGAUCUGUAGAUCGCUAGAUCGCUGCAUCGGUAGGUUAGUUGAUUGCUGGUUCGUUAGAUCGCUAGAUCGCUAGAUCGCUGGAUCUGUAGAUUGCUGGAUCGGUAAAUCGCUGGAUCUGUAGAUCGAUAGAUCGCUGGAUCGGUAGAUCGCUGGAUCGAUAGAUCGCUGGAUCGGUGGAUCUGUAAAUCCCUAGAUCGGUGGAUCUCUAGAUCGCUAGAUCACUGCAUCUGUAGAUCGCUGGAUCGGUAGAUCGCUAGAUCGGUGGAUCUGUAGAUGGCUGGAUCGUUAGAUCGCUAGAUCGAUGCAUCCGUAGCUCUCUGGAUCGGUAGAUCGCUGGAUCGGUAGAUCUCUAAAUCGCUAGAUCGCUAGUUGGCUUGAUUUGUAGAUCGCUGGAUCAAUAGAUUGGUUGAUUGCUGGAUCGUUAGAUCGCUAGAUCGCUGAAUCUGUAGAUUGCUGGAUCGGUAGAUCCCUGCAUCUGUAGAUCGCUGGAUCGGUAGAUCACUACAUCGGUGGAUCUGUAGAUCGCUGGAUCGAUAGAUCGCUGGAUCGGUAUGUUGCUGGAUCUGUAGACCGAUAAAUUGGUAGAUCUGUAGAUCCCUAGAUCGGUGGAUCUGUAGAUCGCUAGAUCGCUUGAUCUGUAGAUUGCUAGAUCGGUAGGUUAGUUGAUUGCUGGAUCGUUAGAUCGCUAGAUCGCUGGAUCGGUAGAUCGCUAGAUCGGCGGAUCUGUAGAGCGCUGGAUCGAUAGAUCGCUGGAUCGGUAGGUCGCUGGAUCUGUAGAUCGCUAAAUCGGUAGAUCUGUAGAUCCCUAGAUCGGUGGAUCUUUAGAUGGCUAGAUCGCUUGAUCUGUAGAUCGCUUGAUCGGUAGAUCCCUAAUUCGGUAGGUCGCUAGUUGGCUUGAUCUGUAGAUCGCUGGAUCGGUAGAUUGGUUGAUUAAUGGAUCGUUAGAUCGGUAGAUCGCUGGAUCUGUAGAUUGCUGGAUCGAUAGAUCGCUGCAUCUGUAGAUCGGUGGAUCGGUAGAUCGCUACAUCGGUGGAUCUGUAGAUCGCUGGAUCGAUAGAUCGCUGGAUCGGUAGGUCGCUGGAUCUGUAGAUCGCUAAAUCGGUAGAUCUGUAGAUACCUAGAUCGGUUGAUCUUUAGAUCGCUAGAUCGCUUGAUCUGUAGAUCGCUAGAUCGGUAGGUUAGUUUAUUGCUGAAUCGUUAGAUCGCUAGAUCGCUGGAUCUAAAGAUUGCUGGAUCGGUAAAUCGCUGCAUCUGUAGAUCGCUGGAUCGGUAGAUCGCUAGCUCGGUGGAUCUGUAGAUCGCUGGAUUGAUACAUCGCUGGAUCGGUAGAUCGCUGGAUCUGUAGAUGGCUAAAUCGGUGGAUCUGUAAAUCCCUAGAUCGGUGGAUCUGUAGAUCGCUAGAUCGCUGCAUCUGUAGAUCGCUGGAUCGGUAGAUCGCUAGAUCGGUGGAUCUGUAGAUCGCUGGAUCGAUAGAUCGCUGGAUCGGUAGAUCGCUAGAUCGAUGCAUCCGUAGCUUUCUGGGUCGGUAGAUCGCUGGAUCGGUAGAUCGCUAGUUGGCUUGAUCUGUAGAUCGCUGGAUCGGUAGAUUGGUUGAUUGCUAGAUCGUUACAUCGUUAGAUCGCUGGAUCUGUAGAUUGCUGGAUUGAUAGAUCGCUGCAUCUGUAGAUCGCUGGAUCGGUAGAUCGCUAGCUCGGUGGAUCGGUAGAUCGCUAGCUCGGUGGAUCUGUAGAUCGCUGGAUCGAUACAUCGCUGGAUCGGUAGAUCGCUGGAUCUGUAGAUUGAUAAAUCGGGGGAUCUGUAAAUCCCUAGAUCGGUGGAUCUGUAGAUCGCUAGAUCGCUGCAUCUGUAGAUCGCUGGAUCGGUAGAUCGCUAGAGCGGUGGAUCUCUAGAUCGCUGGAUCGAUAGAUCGCUGGAUCGGUAGAUCGCUGGAUCUGUACAUCGCUAAAUCGGUGGAUCUGUAGAUCCCUAGAUCGGUGGAUCUGUAGAUCGCUUGAUCGCUGCAUCUGUAGAUCGGUGGAUCGCUAGAUCGCUAGAUCGGUGGAUCUGUAGAUCGCUGGAUCGGUAGAUCGCUUCAUCUGUAGAUCGCUUAAUCGGUGGAUCUGUAAAUCCCUAGAUCGGUGGAUCUGUAGAUCGCUAGAUCGCUGCAUCUGUAGAUCGCUGCAUCGGUAGAUCGCUAGAUCGGUGGAUCUGUAGAUCGCUGGAUCAAUAGAUCGCUGGAUCGAUAGAUCGCUGGAUCGGUAGAUCGCUAGAUUGAUGCAUCCGUAGCUCUCUGGAUCGGUAGAUCCCUAAAUCUGUAGAUCGCCAGUUAGCUUGAUCUGUAAAUUGAUGGAUCGGUAGAUUGGUUCAUUGCUGGAUUCUUAUAUCGUUACAUCGCUAGAUCGCUGGAUCUGUAGAUUGCUGGAUCGGUAGAUCGAUGCAUCUGUAGAUCGGUGGAUCGGUAGAUCGCUACAUCGGUGGAACUGUAGAUCGCUGGAUCGGUAGGUCGCUGGAUCUGUAGAUCGCUAAAUCGGUAGAUCUGUAGAUCCCUAGAUCGAUGGAUCUUUAGAUCCCUAAAUGGCGUGAUCUUUAGAUCGCUAGAUCGGUAGGUUAGUUGAUUGCUGGAUCGUUAGAUCGCUAGAUCGCUGGAUCUGUAGAUUGCUGGAUCGGUAAAUCGCUGGAUCUGUAGAUCGCUGGAUCUGUAGAUCGCUGGAUCGGUAGGUCGCUGGAUCGGUAGAUCCCUAAAUCGGUACAUCGCUAGUUGGCUUGAUCUGUAGAUCGCUGGAUCGGUAGCUUGGUUGAUUGCUAGAUAGUUACAUCGUUAGAUUGCUUGAUCUGUAGAUUGCUGGAUCGAUAGAUCGCUGCAUCUGUAGAUCGGUGGAUCGGUAGAUCGCUACAUCGCUACAUCGGUGGAUCUGUAGAUCGGUGGAUCGAUAGAUCGCUGGAUCGGUAGGUCGCUGGAUCUGUAGAUCGCUAAAUUGGUAGAUCUGUAGAUCCCUAGAUCGGUGGAUCUUUAGAUCGGUAGAUCGCUUGAUCUGUAGAUCGCUAGAUCGGUAGGUUAGUUGAUUGCUUGAUCGUUAGAUCGCUAGAUCGCUGGAUCUGUAGAUUGCUGGAUCGGUAAAUCGCUGCAUCUGUAGAUUACUGGAUCGGUAAAUCGCUGCAUCUGUACAUCGGUGGAUCAGUAGAUCGCUAGAUCGGCGGAUCUGUAGAGAGCUAGAUCGAUAGAUCGCUGGAUCGGUAGGUCGCUGGAUCUGUAGAUCCCUAAAUCGGUAGAUCUGUAGAUCCCUAGAUCGGUGGAUCUUUAGAUCGCUAGAUCGCUUGAUCUGUAGAUCCCUAAAUCGGUGGAUCGCUAGUGGCUUGAUCUGUAGAUCGCUGGAUCUGUAGAUUGCUGGAUCGGUAGAUCGCUGGAUCUGUAGAUCGGUGGAUCGGUAGAUCGCUACAUCGGUGGGUCUGUAGAUCGCUGGAUCGAUAGAUCGCUGGAUCGGUAGGUCGCUGGCUCUGUAGAUCGCUAAAUCGGUAGAUCUGUAGAUACCUAGAUCGGUGGACCUUUAGAUCGCUAGAUCGCUUGAUCUGUAGAUCGCUAGAUCGGUAGGUUAGUUGAUUGCGGGAUCGCUAGAUCGCUAGAUCGCUGGAUCUGAAGAUUGCUGGAUCGGGAAAUCGCUGCAUCUGUAGAUCGCUGGAUCGGUAGAUCGCUAGCUCGGUGGAUCUGUAGAUGGCUGGAUCGAUACAUCGCUGGAUCGGUAGAUCGUUAGAUCUGUAGAUGGCUAAAUCGGUGGAUCUGUAGAUCCCUAGAUCGGUAGAUCUGUAGAUCGCUAGAUCGCUGGAUCGGUAGAUCGCUAGAUCGGUGGAUCUGUAGAUCGCUGGAUCGAUAGAUCGCUGGAUCGGUAGAUCGCUAGAUCGAUGCAUCCGUAGCUCUCUGGAUCGGUAGAUCGCUGGAUCGGUAGAUCCCUAAAUCGGUAGAUCGCUAGUUCGCUUGAUCUGUAGAUCGCUGGAUCGGUAGAUUGGUUGAUUGCUGGAUCGUUAGAUCGUUAGAUUGCUGGAUCUGUAGAUUGCUGGAUCGGUAGAUCGCUGCAUCUGUAGAUCACUGGAUCGGUAGAUCGCUAGAUCUGUGGAUCUGUAGAUCGCUGGAUCGAUAGAUCGCUGGAUCGGUAGGUUGCUGGAUCUGUAGAUCGCUAAAUUGGUAGAUCUGUAGAUCCCUAGAUCGGUGGAUCUUUAGAUCGGUAGAUCGCUUGAUCUGUAGAUCGCUAGAUCGGUAGGUUAGUUGAUUGCUUGAUCGUUAGAUCGCUAGAUCGCUGGAUCUGUAGAUUGCUGGAUCAGUAAAUCGCUGCAUCUGUAGAUUACUGGAUCGGGAAAUCGCUGCAUCUGGAGAUCGGUGGAUCCGUAGAUCGCUAGAUUGGUGGAUCUGUAGAGCGCUGGAUAGAUAGAUCGCUGGAUCGGUAGGUCGCUGGAUCUGUAGAUCGCUAAAUCGGUAGAUCUGCAGAUCCCUAGAUCCGUGAAUCUUUAGAUCGCUAGAUCCCUUGAUCUGAUCGCUAGAUCGGUAGAUCCCCAAAUUGGUAGAUCGCUAGUUGGCUUGAUAUGUAGAUCACUGGAUCGGUAGAAUGGUUGAUUGCUGGAUCGUUAGAUCGCUAGGUCGCUGGAUCUGUAGAUUGCUGGAUCGGUAGAUCGCUGGAUUUGUAGAUCGGUGGAUCGGUAGAUCGCUACAUCGGUGGAUCUGUAGAUCGCUGGAUCGAUAGAUCGCUGGAUCGGUAGGUUGCUGGAUCUGUAGAUCCCUAGAUCGGUGGAUCUUUAGAUCGCUAGAUCGCUUGAUCUGUAGAUCGCUAGAUCGGUAGGUUAGUUGAUUGCUGGAUCGUUAGAUCGCUGGAUCUGUAGAUUGCUGAAUCGGGAAAUCGCUGCAUCUGUAGAUCGCUGGAUCGAAAUAUCGCUGGAUCGGUAGAUCGCUGGAUCUGUAGAUCGCUAAAUCGGUGGAUCUGUAAAUCCCUAGAUCGGUGGAUCUGUAGAUCGCUAGAUCGGUGGAUCUGUAGAUCGCUGGAUCGGUAGAUCGCUAGAUCGAUGCAUCCGUAGCUCUCUGGAUCGGUAGAUCCCUAAAUCGGUAGAUCGCUAGUUGCCUUGAUUUGUGGAUCGCUGGAUCGGUAGAUUGGUUGAUUGCUGGAUCGUUAGAUCGCUAGAUCGCUAGAUCGCUGGAUCUGUAGAUUGCUGGAUCGUUAGAUCGCUGCAUUUGUAGAUCGCUGAAUCGGUAGAUCGUUACAUCGGUGGAUCUGUAGAUCGCUGUAUCGAUAGAUCGCUGGAUCGGUAGGUUGCUGGAUCUGUAGAUCGCUAAAUUGGUAGAUCUGUAGAUCCCUAGAUCGGUGGAUCUGUAGAUCGCUAGAUCGCUUGAUCUGUAGAUCGCUAGAUCGGUAGGUUAGUUGAUUGCUGGAUCGUUACAUCGCUAGAUCGCUAGAUCUGUAGAUUGCUGGAUCGGGAAAUCGCUGCAUCUGUAGAUCGCUGGAUCGGUAGAUCGCUAGAUCGGUGGAUCUGUAGAUCGCUGGAUCGAAACAUCGCUGGAUCGGUAGAUCGCUGGAUCUGUAGAUCGCUAAGUCGGUGGAUCUGUAAAUCCCUAGAUCGGUGGAUCUGUAGAUCGCUAGAUCGGUGGAUCUGUAGAUCGCUGGAUCGAUAGAUCGCUGGAUCGGUAGAUCGCUAGAUGGAUGCAUCCGUAGCUCUCUGGAUCGAUAGAUCGCUGGAUCGGCAGAUCCCUAAAUCGGUAGAUCGCUAGUUGCCUUGAUUUCUAGAUCGCUGGCUCGGUAGAUUUGUUGAUUUCUGGAUCGUUAGAUCGCUAGAUCGCUGGAUCUGUAGAUUGCUGGAUCGGUAGAUCGCUGCAUUUGUAGAUCGCUGGAUCGGUAGAUCGUUACAUCGGUGGAUCUGUAUAUCGCUGUAUCGAUAGAUCCCUGGAUCGGUGGGUUGCUGGAUCUGUAGAUCGCUAAAUUGGUAGAUCUGUAGAUCCCUAGAUCGGUGGAUCUGUAAAUCGCUAGAUCGCUUGAUCUGUAGAUCGCUAGAUCGGUAGGUUAGUUGAUUGCUGGAUCGUUAGAUCGCUAGAUCGCUGGAUCUGUAGAUUGCUGGAUCGGUAGAUUGCUGCAUCUGUAGACUCUGGAUCGGUAGAUCGCGAGAUCGGUGGAUCUGUAGAGCGCUGGAUCGAUAUAUCGCUGGAUCGGUAGGUCGCUGGAUCUGUAGAUCGCUAAAUCGGUAGAUCUGCAGAUCCCUAGAUCGGUGGAUCUUUAGAUCGCUACAUCGCUUGAUCUGUAGAUCGCUAGAUCGGUAGAUCCGUAAAUCGGUAGAUAGCUAGUUGGCUUGAUCUGUAGAUCGCUGGAUCGGUAGAUUUGUUGAUUGCUGGAUGGUUAGAUCGCUAGAUCGCUGGAUCUGUAGAUUGCUGGAUCGGUAGAUCGCUGCAUCUGUAGAUCGGUGGAUCGGUGGAUCACUACAUCGGUGGAUCUUUAGAUCGGUGGAUCGAUAGAUCGCUGGAUCGGUAGGUCGCUGGAUCUGUAGAUCGCUAAAUCGGUAGAUCUGUAGAUCCCUAGAUCGGUGGAUCUUUAGAUCGCUAGAUCGCUUGUUCUGUAGAACGCUAGAUCGGUAGGUUAGUUGAUUGCUGGAUCGUUAGAUCGCUAGAUCGCUGGAUCUGUAGAUUGCUGGACCUGUAGAUCCCUAAAUCGGUAGAUCGCUAGUUUGCUUGAUUUGUGUAUCGCUGGAUCGGUAGAUUGGUUGAUUGCUGGAUCGUUAGAUCGCUAGAUCGCUAGAUCGCUAGAUCGCUGGAUCGGUAGAUCGCUGCAUCUGUAGAUCGCUGGAUCGGUAGAUCGCUACAUUGGUGGAUCUGUAGAUCGCUGGAUCGAUAGAUCGCUGGAUCGGUAGGGUGCUGGAUCUGUAGAUCGCUAAAUUGGUAGAUCUGUAGAUCCCUAGAUCGGUGGAUCUGUAGAUCGCUAGAUCGCUUGAUCUCUAGAUCGCUAGAUCGGUAGGUUAGUUGAUUGCUGGAUCGUUAGAUCGCUAGAUCGCUGGAUCUGUAGAUUGCUGGAUCGGGAAAUCGCUGCAUCUGUAGAUCGCUGGAUCGGUAGAUCGGUAGAUCGGUGGAUCUGUAGAUCGCUGGAUCGAAACAUCGCUGGAUCGGUAGAUCGCUGGAUCUGUAGAUCGCUAAAUCGGUGGAUCUGUAAAUCCCUAGAUCGGUGGAUCUGUAGAUCGCUAAAUCGGUGGAUCUGUAGAUCGCUGGAUCGAUAGAUCGCUAGAUCGAUGCAUCCGUAGCUCUCUGGAUCGGUAGAUCCUUAAAUCGGUAGAUCGCUAGUUGGCUUGAUUUGUAGAUCGCUGGAUGGGUAGAUUGGUUGAUUGCUGGAUCGUUAGAUCGCUAGAUCGCUGGAUCUGUAGAUUGCUGGAUCGGUAGAUCGCUGCAUUUGUAGAUCGCUAGAUCGGUAGAUCGUUACAUCGGUGGAUCUGUAGAUCGCUGGAUCGAUAGAUCGCUGGAUCGGUAGGUUGCUGGAUGUGUAGAUCGCUAAAUUGGCAGAUCUGUAGAUCCCUAGAUCGGUGGAUCUGUAGAUCGCUAGAUCGCUUGAUCUGUAGAUCGCUAGUUCGGUAGGUUAGUUGAUUGCUGGAUCGUUAGAUCGCUAGAUCGCUGGAUCUGUAGAUUGCUGGAUCGGUAGAUUGCUGCAUCUGUAGACUCUGGAUCGGUAGAUCGCGAGAUCGGUGGAUCUGUAGAGCGCUGGAUCGAUAUAUCGCUGGAUCGGUAGGUCGCUGGAUCUGUAGAUCGCUAAAUCGGUAGAUCUGUAGAUCCCUAGAUCAGUGGAUCUUUAGAUCGCUACAUCGCUUGAUCUGUAGAUCGCUAGAUCGGUAGAUCCGUAAAUCGGUAGAUAGCUAGUUGGCUUGAUCUGUAGAUCGCUGGAUCGGUAGAUUUGUUGAUUGCUGGAUGGUUAGAUCGCUAGAUCGCUGGAUCUGUAGAUUGCUGGAUCGGUAGAUCGCUGCAUCUGUAGAUCGGUGGAUCGGUGGAUCACUACAUCGGUGGAUCUUUAGAUCGGUGGAUCGAUAGAUCGCUGGAUCGGUAGGUCGCUGGAUCUGUAGAUCGCUAAAUCGGUAGAUCUGUAGAUCCCUAGAUCGGUGGAUCUUUAGAUCGCUAGAUCGCUUGUUCUGUAGAACGCUAGAUCGGUAGGUUAGUUGAUUGCUGGAUCGUUAGAUCGCUAGAUCGCUGGAUCUGUAGAUCGCUGGAUCGGUAGAUUGGUUGAUUGCUGGAUCGUUAGAUCGUUAGAUCGCUGGAUCUGUAGAUCGCUGGAUCGGUAGGUCGCUAGGUCGGUGGAUCUGUAGAUCGCUGGAUCGAUAGAUCGCUGGAUCGGUAGAUUGCUGGAUCUGUAGAGCGCUAAAUCGGUAGAUCUGUAGAUCCGUAGAUCGGUGGAUCUGUAGAUCCCUAGAUCGCUUGAUCUUUAGAUCGCUGGAUCGGUAGGUUAGUUGAUUGCUGGAUUGUUAGAUCGUUAGAUCGCUGGAUCUGUAGAUCGCUAGAUUGUUCAAUCUGUAGAUCGGUAGAUCGUUGGAUCGCUGGAUCGGAACAUCGCUAGAUCCAUGGAUCUGUAGACCGCUAAAUCGGUGGUUCGUUAGUUCGCUGAAUCGCUAGAUCGGUAGAUCGGUGGAUCUCUAGAUCGCUCAAUCGGUAGAUCACUACAUCGCUUGAUCUUUAGAUCGGUGGAUCGGUAGAUUGCUUAAUUGCUGGAUCGGUAGAUCGCUGGAUCGCUGGAUCUGUAGAUUGCUGGAUCUGUGGAUCGCUGGAUCUGUAGAUCGCUGGAUCUGUAGAUGGCUAAAUCGGUGGAUCUGUAGAUCCCUAGAUCGGUGGAUCUGUAGAUCGCUAGAUCGCUUGAUAUGUAGAUCGCUGGAUCGGUAGGUUAGUUGAUUGCUGGAUCGGUAGAUCGCUAGAUCGCUGCAUCUGUAUAUCGCUGUAUCAGUAGAUCGCCACAUCGCUUGAUCUGUAGAUCGCUGGAUCGGUAGAUUGCUUGAUUGCUGGAUCUGUAGAUCGCUGGAUCGCUGGAUCUGUAGAUUGCUGGAUAUGUAGAUCGCUAGUUCGGUGGAUCAGUAGAUCCCUGGGAUGGUAGAUCGCUGGAUCGAUAGAUCGCUAGAUCGCUGGAUUGGUAGAUCGCUAGAUCGAUGCAUCCGUAGAUCUCUGGAUCGGUAGAUCGCUGGACCGGUAGAUCGUUUGAUCGCUGGAUGUGUGGAUCGCUAGAUCGGUGGCUCUGUAGAUCGCUAGAUCGCCCUAUCGCCGGAUCUGUAGAUCGUGGAUCUGUAGAUCGCUAGAUCGCUUGAUCUGUAGAUCGCUGGAUCGGUAGGUUAAUUGAUUCCUUGAUUGGCAGAUCGCUAGAUCGCUGCAUCUGUAGAUCGCUAGAUCGGUGGAUCUGUAGUUCGGUGGGCUGGUAGAUCGCUGGAUCGAUAGAUCGCUGGAUCGAUAGAUCGCUGGAUCGGUAGAUCGCUGGAUCGGUAGAUCGCUAGAUCGAUGCAUCCGUAGAUCUCUGGAUCGGUUAUCGCUUGAUCGUGAGAUCGUUUGAUCGCUGGAUGUGUGGAUCGCUAGAUCGGUGGAUUGGUAGAUCGCUGGAUGGGUAGAUCGAUAGAUCGCUGGAUCUGUAGAUCGCUAGAUUUGUCGAGCUGUAGAUCGCCGGAUCGGUAGAUCCUUGGAUCGCUGGAUGGGUGAUUUGCUAGAUCAGUUGAUCUGUAGAUCGCUGGAUGGGAACAUCACUAGAUCGCCGGAUCUGUAGAUCGCUAAAACGGUGAUCUGUAGAUCACUAGAUCGGUGGAUCUGUAGAUCGCUGAAUCGGUAGAUCGAUUGAUCGGGGCAUUUAUAGAUCGCUCGAUUUGUAGAUCGGUGAAUUUUUUAGAUCGCUGGAUCUGUAGAUCACCAGAUCGGUGGAUCUGUAGAUUGCUGGGUCGGUAGAUCGCUGGAUCGAUAGAGCGGUAGAUCGCUGGAUAUGUAGAUCGCUAGAUCGGUGGAUCUGUAGAUCGCCGGGUCGGCAGAUCGCUAGAUCGGUGAAUCUGUAGAUGGCUGGAUCGUUAAAUCGCUGGAUCUGUAGAUCGCUAGAUCGGUGGAUCUCUAGAUCGCUAAAUCGCUAGAUCGCUUGAUCUGUAGAUUGCUUGAUCGGUAGAUUGCUUGGUUUCUUUAUCGGUUGAUCGCUUAAUCGGUAGAUCGCUGGAUCGGUAGAUUGGUUGAUUGCUGGAUCGGUAGAUCGCUUGAUCUGUAGAUUGCUGGAUCGGUAGAUCGCUGGAUCUGUAGAUCGCUAGAUCGGUGGGUCUUUAAAUCGCUGGGUUGGUAGAUCGCUGGAUAUUUAGAUCGGUAGAUCGCUAGAUCGAUGCAUCCGUAGAUCUCUGGAUCGGUAGAUCGCUGGAUGUGUGGAUCGCUAGAUCGGUGGUUCUGUAGAUCGCUGCUCGGUAGAUCGCCUAUCGCCGGAUCUGUAGAUCGCUGGGUCUGUGAAUCGCUAGAUCGCUGGAUCUGUAGAUCGCUGGGUUGGUGGAUCGCUAGAUCGCUGAUUCGCUAGAUCGCUAGAACGGUGGAUCUGUAGAUUGGAAGAUCGCUAGAUCGGUGCAUCUGUAGAUCUCUGGAUCGGUAGAUCUGUAGAUCGCUGGAUCGUUAGAUCGGUAGAUCGCUGGAUGUGUAGAUCGUUUGAUGGGUGGUUCUUUAGAUCGCUAGAUCGGUCGAUUGCUGGAUCGGUAGAUCGCUUGAUCGGUGGAUCUGUAGAUCGCUGGAUCGGUAGAUCGCUAGAUCGGUGGAUCUGUAGAUCGCUUGGGCGGUAGAUGGGUAGGUCGCUAGAUUGCUGGAUCUGUAGGUCGCUAGAUCGGUGGAUCUGUAUAUCGCUGGAUCGGCAGAUCGCUGGAUCUGUAGAUUGCUGGAUCGAUAGAUGGCUAGAUGGCUAGAUCUGUAGAUCGCUUGAUGGGUGGAUCUGUAGAUUGCUUGAUUUUUAUUAUUUAUUUAUUUUUAUUUUGAAUAAUAUUUAUUCAGGGUUUUCCAGGUCAGCGAGGGUUGUUUGAAUGGGGCCCUGAUGAAAAGAAAAAAAUACAGCAAUAAAAAGAAACAACAAUAACAGAUUAAAAAAAAUUGAACAACUAAGUAUAGCGAUGUACAUGGUAUAUAGUAUAUAGAUCGGUCGAUCUGUAGAUCUCUGGAUCGGUAGAUCGCUAGAUCGCUAGAUCGCUGGAUCUUUAGAUCGCUAGAUCACUAGAUCGCUGGAUCUAAAGAUCAGUGGAUCAGUAGAAAUUAUAGGGUAGAGGGAAAAAGUCCGUAUUUUAUUUCGGUAGCUCGUAAUAGUCAUCUGACUAACAACUCUGAGGCCGACGGUUCGCUCAUUUUACCCCUCUCUCUCCAACAGUAGGGAGCUCAAGCAACAACGUUUUUGAGCGACGCACGUCAACCGGAAGUGGCCUUUUUUCAUUUUUUGACAGUGGUUUCGCGCAAAUUUUCAGUCAAAUCGUCUCUAUAACAGUAAAGAAGCUAAGGAAUACAAAUUUUAUAUCAUCAAGGCAUGUUAAGAGGGAAAAUACCUCACUUGCGGUUGACGUGCGUCGCUCAAAAACGUUGCUGCUUAAGCUCCCUAGUGCUUCGUUUUACGGGUAUUUAAGGCUACUUAAAGCUUUACGGAAAGGAAAGAAGUCGAAAGAAGGAUUUGAGGUCACACCUGGGAAUCGUACUCGGGACCUACCGCACAGAAGGCCGCGCACUAAACAACUGCGCUAAUCCUUCCUCCUAAUAGAUCUGUAGUCCGUUUGAUUGAUCGCUACGUCGGUUGAUCUGUAGGUCAAUGGAUGAGUAGAUCUCAUUCUGUAGAUCGACGGAUCGGUGGAUUUGUAGAUCUGUAGAUCAGUGGAUCAGUAGAUCUGUAGUUUGGUGGAUUGCUAGAACGGUGGAUCUGUAUAUUAAGUUAUUGGAUGAAUGGGUCUUUCAUGACUAAGGAGAGCGGAAGCCUUAACAGCACGUUGUCAUUUUCGUGUCUUGCGGUUUUUUCUUGAUGGACGUAGAAAAAAAGAGAGACUGCUCGUAGACUAUAACAAGGACAGUAACAAUAAGAUAAAAUGAUGAUAAAGAAUGUGAAGUGGGAUAAAUUAUUGGCCUAACAAAAGACACAUCGUAAAAGGGGUGUUUACUCGCUGGAAGUAAAUAAGCGUGUAGUAAUAAAAGCGUGUGUUUUUUGUUUCAGCCAAAAGGUUUAACCUUGAAACAGAAUGGAAAAACUUCUUUCCAAAGCUACGAGAGUUGGACAGGGUAAGUUAAAGGUCACGUUAUUUUGUGUUCUGUCAUAGUUACUCCAUUUGACAAGGGAAUAUUAUAGUCGAGUAAGGAAUAUCUGCUUCAGCUGGGUGGGUGUCCUGUGUCUCCUUUGCCUCUCAACUUUAUUAUAAACUGGGUGUGACGAGCGAGCACUGUCUUAUUUCUUAUUACCAAAUCACUGCUAAAGUAAAACGUCAGGAUCGUAAAGACAAAGGCCAUCACUAAACGAUACAUUAUGUUUUGAUUUCAAGUAAAUUUGUACCGUAAAUGUCUGUAGAGAAGUGUGUAGAAUUAGCAAGUUGAUAGCGGGGUUUACCCAUGUACAUGUCCCUAAAGCCUCACUUUCGAGGUCAAUUGAAGCAAAAUUUCCACAUUUUAUUUUAUAAAAUGCUAAAGAAAACCUUAGUACCAUGUGAAUGUGCUGGCAAAUAGGGUUCAUUUGAAUGGUCGUACCUCAGAAUUUCGUCCACAGACUCGAAGGUUACAACCACCUUACAAGAUGCCAUCAUUAACUUUGGGAUUGAAAGGGUUAACAGAGUGAAUUUGUUUGAUAAUGAUCUUCUAUAAAUUGGUCUCUUUACAGAAUGAGCUCUUUGAUAAAGCUCGUAAUGAAAUCCUGGAUGAGGUGCUUACACUCAGUGAAAUCACACCUCAGAUGUGGGAAGACAUCAUUACUAAGCAUCUGUGGUCAGAGGUCGCUUCACACUUCAUAGAAAACAUUUACCUUCCCGCGGCGCAAGCUAAUAAUCCCAGUAAUUUCAGCACUUCUGUGGACAUCAAGCUUAAACAGUGGGCGGACAGAACACUUCCGAAUAUUUCGGUCAAGGUAUGUGAAGUGUAUUGAAAUCAUUUUAGCUUCACCGUCACGUUUACCUUAUUUUCUGUGCUUUUACUGUUACGUAACAGGAAAAUGGUCGUUAUCUCUGCGUAAUGACCACGUGAUAUGUCUGACCCUAGGUCCCAGGCACCUAUCUUUUUAGAGCUAAUGAACGUCGUGGAAUGUCCUUGUUUGUAUUCUUGCCUCUUUUCUGUUGACCUAAACGUGACAUACUUAGGUUUAGGGCGUAACUUAUACCCAUUUAUUUACUCAUUCUUGAAGGAUUCCCUUGCUUAUAAAGGUGCAAUCUUGUGGAAAACUACUAGUUUGAAUGAGUAUGGAGUCUCCAAUAGAAACCAGAAUGAGAUGUACCAUCGAUUGAAAACAAAAGCUUAUUUCACAGACUUCAAAUUCAAUGUUGUGUCACCUUAAACUGUCCGGUAUCAAAGUGAUGAUUUUAUUUUACAAUAAUUGAUCGUUUUUUGCUGUAGAUAUUGCACAUAUCUGAUGUUAGCUUUUCUAUUUUCUUUCUUAAUUAAUAGAUUUCCUUAUAUUACACACAACCCCACAAGCUCGUUGGUUCUUAUCAUUAUCCUGUAAAAAUAAAAGUCUUCUUCUUCUUCUUCUUUGGAUGCUUAUUCCGAAGCGCGGCUUGUGCGUACAACGCACUUGUAUUGAAAGUUUGUUUCUUCUCUUGCAGGUUGGUUGGGAAACGCUGUUCGGGGAGUUCUACAAGGCGAUGCAGGUAGACGUUUGUUAAAUUGUUUUGAUCCUUUUAUCGUUAGUUCUGUGCAGAUUCGCCGAAGGAAAUAGUUUUUACCUAUUCCCUCUCACAAACCUGGCCGGAAGAAAAGGGUGAAGAGAUUAUAUUAGACUUAAUUAGAUUUUACACUUCAUUUGUUGUUGUGGCUUAAAAGUUCUCAAUAUUUUGCUUAGCUGCCCAGGACAGGCUCUCUCUCCUCCACAGAAAGGCAUCUUUAGGGAGUUCACGCAACAACGACGGCGACAGCUACAAAAUCGUCACUUAAAAAGUGAAGUCGCGCAACUUCAAACUUUAUCGCGCUUAUUCCAUCUCGUUUAAUUCGUCGAAUGUUGGCAAAUUUGGACUGUUUCAAACUUCAAGAAAACUGGGAAAAGAAACUUGUUGUCUUGUGUUCCCGUCCUCGACAAUAGUUGAAAUUAGACACUUUCACGUUGCCGUCAUGCAACGACGGCUAAGACCCUGUUUACAUGGAGUGGGGGACCCCGGUCUAGUGGGGUAGUUUCCUUUUGUUUUGUGUCCCCCAGAGCGUGAAAACAAAAGAAACCAACCCCACUAGACCGGGGUCCCCCACUCCAUGUAAACAGGCCCUAAGAAAUGUAGAAAAAAGGGUGAUGCACGUGCCAAGUUGUUAUUUUGCCAAUCUAAAUCUAUUGUUUUUUUGCCGUUGCCGUCGUCUUUGCUUAAGCUCCCUUUGGUGUCCUAGGGAGGCUGGAAAAAUGGAUUAUUGUUAUUUUUGUUGGAAUACCCGGUGGGAGCCUCUGCGGAGGAGAGGGAGAGGCUUGUUUUCGAAAAGUGACUUAGUUGUUUGUUGUCAUGGUUUAGGAGCAAAAGAAUGAGAAUGGACACAGUCAUUUGUUUGAAGAGUUGAAAUCCGAACUAUCAGAUGAAUGUAAAAAGAGUCACGUGUGGCAGCCCAAAGCAGUCGACAGCCUGGUAAGAUUAAAACAAGUGUAAAUAACUUUCGGUAUUGUUGUUGUUGUUGUUGUUGUUUUUUCUAUGCUGAAGAUCAAAACUAUGAUAAAGUUAACGACUUUAUUCCUGCCUCACAAACGGGGCAAAAAAAUAACGAUUCAAUGGUAUAAUGGUGAAUCUGCCCAUGCAAUAUUCCAUCGACGUUUUAAAUUAAAGAAUUUGUAACCCUUGACUUUGUAGAGGAUUUUGUGCAUAAAAAUAAAUUUUUAUCUACGUCGAAUUUACUACCUUUUUAAUGUACAUAGCGUGUAAUUCAACUGACGGCGCUCGAAGACUGGUCUGUAAGUGAAAAACAGCAAUGGGACUCUGCAGUGAAAUUCAUGGAAAAUACCCUGCAGGGGGAAUUGGAUAAAGGUAAUAAGGAUUUGUGUGAAUACUAAUAUACUAACAUCAUUAGCUCUCAAGGGGUCCUAGAUCAAAAUGGAGACUUAAAUAUCCUUGAGUUUGAAACAACAUGUUACUGAGCGUAGAAAAGUCACUACUGAUACUCAAAAGUGUUGGGAAGGCUACUGCUUUUAACCUCUUUUUUUUCUCCUUCCUCCCCCCCUCCCCUCCCGACCCAAUGUUGUACAAAACUAAGUGUUUGUGGGCGUAAUUGUUCUGUUGUUUGCCAACAUUCGAACAUUGAAUCGGAGGGACGGAAGAGGGGGAACAUUUUUUUAGCAAAAGGCUAGUAGUGGCUUUCAUGUGAAUGGUGACACCGUAGGAUUUCAUCUACAGAGUCAAAAUUUAGAACCAAUUUGUACAGCAUAAUAAACAGUACCACAGGAAAGUACUGCUCAGUAGCUGUCAUUUGAAUGGUCGGUCACACCAUAGGAUUUCAUCCACAGACUCAAAAGUUAGAACCACCUUGUACAGCAUAAUAAACAGCACCACAGGAAAGAACUACUCAGUAAUUCGAAUCGUGACACACUGUGGGAUUUCGUCCACGCAGUCAAAAGUUACAACCAUCAACUAGAGGAAAAUAAAUACUACCAGAGGAAAGUUGUGAAGUGUCAGAAGUUUGCUGUUGAAACAUGAAGCACACUAACUAAUAUGCUUGAUAACUUUUCUAAUAUUUUAGCCUCCCAGAUAAUGUACGAGUUGCUUGGCCCCGGGGCAGCUGAAAGAUGGCUAUACUGGAGAUCAAGAACAAGAGAGCAAGUAAGUUUAUCUUUUAACUGCUGAAAAAAAAAACGCUAUUUUGUCUCCGUUUACUUUAAAUUUCUUCUCCGAAAUAUUUUUUGUCAACUAUAUUCAUUGGUUUCUAUAGAGAAAUUCCAUGACAAUUUAAUUCAACAACACGGUGUUCUUAACGUUACUUAAAACCCUUUUUUCCCUUCGUAUCUUGAUUCUGUGUGGCAAGCUUUGGUUGAUUUAUGGCGAGAAACAGAGGAAUAGAAACGAUAUGCAAGGAAGUCUUUUUACCCACCUUUUGAAAACUCCUCCUGUUUUUUUCCUUGUUCUUUUAGCAAUCCCGCUGUUAUAUUAAAGACGAGCUUCAACGAUUGCUUCAAGCAAACGAUGUAAGUAAGGUGUUUUAGCAUAAGCUUUCAAUAGUCUACGUAGUUGUCUCUGCGUUAGGAUUGUUGUUUAUGCAGAUCUGAGUGAAGUAAGAGCAUGGACGUUAUUGUGAGAGAAUUGUGUCGUUUUUAUUUUUGUUUGUUUAAAUUUUCCCACAGCAUCACGGGCCUACUCUUGCCGAUGAUGAACUCACCACCGUCAGAAAAAAUCUAGAAACAAUUAAUGUGGAGGUUUCCUCCGAUCUGGUACGUGGAUUUAUCUUUGUAAUCCGUAAGGGUAGAUUAUCCUUUCUACUGUUUGUUCCCAUUUAUUUGACGACUUUUAUGGGUACGAUAAGGAUUGAGCUUCGCCAAAGCAUAGUCAUUAAUGUGGAAUGGCCGGUUAUGAAACCCGUUAGACUCCUUUGUUAUAUGUUUUUGUUAGCUUUUUGGACCUGACUUGGCCGUGCUCAAGGUUCAAUAGCAUUCCUAUCAUUUAAACUUACGGACCAAAUGAAUAGAAACAUGGCGUUAAUUUAUUCAUUCACAAUCUGUGAACAAAAAACAAAUCAUUGUGCACGGUCAGGGAGCCUCCAACAUAAAGCACAGCACUGUUGUUUUCAACUUUUAUGUUUUCCGGCUUUCCUAAACAGUUUCCUCUACUAAGCAUCUGACCACCUACCUAAAAAUCCCUGUGAUAUCCCCCCCGGGCCAGGGGGCCCAGUUAUCUGCGUCAUACUUUUGUUUUUGGUACGUUAUGCUUACAGUGUGACGCCUUUUACGUUUGUCUACGGUGGAGGACUAUGGCAGUUUGUCGCCAUCGAAAACUGUAUGCAAAAGAUGAGACAAGGGCUAUUUUGAAUGCAGAAUGGCCACUUUGCUAUGCUUCUAGGAAAUUUACAGCUAGUAUUAACUGAAGGUUGUUGUUGUUGGUGUGAGCUGGAAUUACUUUUUUCUACCUCCUAGGUUAAUGAAACUUGGCGACAAUUGUACCGCGAGCAUUUUCUAAAGCAGUCGUUAAACAAUGUUCAAGAGUGCAGAAAUGGUUUCUACAGACGAGAUCUAGUUAAGAACGAGGUAAACUCUUUAAUCUGAGCACUUUAAAAUGCGUCUUUGCAAGUGAAUCGCCCAAAUAACAACUGGUUAAAGGGGAUAUUGCUGUUCUAAGUCCGUUCUGUGCUGAAUUCAUUAAUUAAUGCCUUUACCCGUUCACAAAAUUAAAGCUGCUGUGGAGUUAUGAAGAAGAUAUCGAACGAAUUUCAUCAGGAAGCACCAACCAUAAUAUUUUGGUGAUAGUUUUUGCUGUCAUUUCAUUAAAACUUGAAAAAGUUGGCCCAAAUAUUUCAAGUUUCUUAAUCCAUAUUGAUCCUUGCCAUCCGCUCCAACAGAGGAGAGUAAAAGUGUCCAUGCCUAAUCAUAGACUUAAAUCACAAAACUGGACCAUUAGUUUCAGAAUUCAAUUAAUGUGAAGACCUUGCCCCUUGAAAGGGAAUCCAAGACAGUCUUGGAUUCUGGAUUCCACCCCUUGGAUCCAGCAUUCAAGGUACUGGAUUCCAGAUUCCAAUCAGUAGUGAGGUUCCGGAUUCCUUGAUUUGUAUUCCGCGUUUCAACGCCCAAGAUUCUAGAAUCCACAAACAAACGUUUCCCAGAUUCCGGAAUCCGGAUUCCCUUGAGGCAUCGCCCCAUGUAUUCCAGAAUCCAAGACAGUCUUGGAUUCUGGAUUCCUCACCGUAUAUUCUUGAGUCCAGAUACGGGAUUCUAUAUUCUUUGUCAGUGGAAUUGGGAUCCCGGAUUUCAAUCGUUGAUGGGAUUUUGGAUUCCUUGAGCUGUAUUCCGGAUUCCAAUGCCCAGGAUUCCAGAUUCCACAAGCAAAAAUUUCCCGGAUUCCCGAAUCCGGAUUUGCUUACAUGAGGCGAAAGACAUGUUUUAGCUUUUUAACCCUCUUAUUCCCGAUAGUGACCAACAUCAAUUUUCUCCUAACGAUAUCCAUAAAAUGUCAAGAGAUUAGGUUAUGAGAAUUAAUAAAAUGAUCACCAAAGAGAAAAUGCCAGGUCUUUUAUUAAAUUCUCACCACUGAUUCUUAAAGAAAAUGUAUGGAGAUCAGUUUGGAGAAUUUGUAUGUGGAUGUUAGGGCUUAAAGGGUAGCAGACAGCGUGACAUAGCCCUUUAUUUGUAUUUUCCUUCUCUGUUCAGCUGGGCUGCAACGACGUGGUCCUUUUCUGGAGAAUUCAGAAAAUGCUUCAAACGACGAGCAACGCCAUCAGGCAACAAGUAAUGAAUCAUGAAGGUAAAACGUUAAUCUGCACUGAAGUUACAAAAGAUUCUAACAACCAUCAGAAAAUUUAGCCCAGUCAGCGAUCAUUUGCAAUUUUUUACUGAACGGGCGCAGCCAAUCAUUUCUCUGCCGCAUUCAGCGCGCGAAUGCCAGUGGCGGGAAAAUUUGUUCCAUGGGGUACCGCCGGUAGUGGCGAGAAAACGCCGUGCCACUUUCGUUUGCUUGGAGUAUUAUUCAGUAUUUCCUCUAUGGAUGCUUCUGGACAGGGUUCGUACGGGUCAUGGAAAACCUGGAAUUUCUUGAAAUUUACGAAUUUCAAUUUCCAGGACUGGGGUCAAUUAAAUAAAACUUCAACAAGUGGAAUUUACAAGUGUAGCUAUUGUUUUGAGACCCUGAAACAAUGGCAACACUUGUAAAUUACACUUGUAAAAGUUUUAUUAAAUUGACCCCUGGAAAAUCAUGAAAUUUAGUAGCCUGUCAUAGAAAGUCAUGGAAACUACGUUUGGUAGAUUAGUUUCUGAUGUCAAAUCAAAGACAAAGUAAAAUAGAGACAAGUAAUUAAACUGCGCGAAGGGCACGCAUUUUAGUGAAGAUCAGAGUUUGUUCGUUGAAAAGAGUUAGGUCAAAAAAUAUUCCAAAAAAAAGAAUAGUUGACUUUCAAAAUGGAGAACUUUGAAAGGCUCGUGGAAAAAGUCAUUGAAAGUCACAGAAUUCAAAGAGGUCAAAAGAGUGGGUACCCUGUGAAGGAUUAUCGUUCCAACGUUUUCUUUUUUCUGAAGGGAUUCCAUUAUUUUCUUUAUUCAAAAAUUCUUACCUGCUCAAAUGUUUCACUCUUUUUUGUAGCUCGCCGAUUAGAAAAAGAGGUGAAACAAGUGCUAGAUGAAAUAAGUUACGACUCGGCAGCUAAAGAAAGACUUAUUCGGGGAAGACAAGUUGAUCUAGCUGAAGAACUAAGUAAGUGAAAUGCAAGAUGCAGUCGUCGCGCGCAUGUUGUAGUAAUUUGUACAGUGUGACGUCAAAAGACCUCUCUUUAAAAAAGGUGCUUGUAUUGGAGAGGUACAGAGAGCUAUAAGUUUGUGGAACCUAAAAAUGGAGAUUAGGCUAUUUCAGGUCUCUUCUCGCAAAAAGAAAAUUCAUCUCUGUGCGACACUGAAUAAGUUUAAAAACUGAAAAAUAACCCUUUCAGAAGAUAAACUUCAGCGCCUUUGUGUGGUAGUUUCGAAAUAACCUGAGAUAUUUUGUUUUGUGGGAUUUUGAAAGCAAAUAGAUAGAGUAAAGUCUGAAAAUAUUUUCCACGCUUAGCACAUCCAGAAGUUAGAUUCAAACAGAUUAUCUAGCCAGCCGGGUUGUUUUAAUUGACAAAAGAUCCAGCUGAGACCAAAUGAAUAGUCUUCUUUAUGAGAGGUGUCUUUGCAAGUUAUUAUCGCUUUUGGAACUAACUACAAUGGCGACUGCUUUAUGUCCUCUAUUUUACUAUCAGGAGCAAUGUCCGUCCAUGCUUUGUCACCUAUUUAACCGUUUUCCUGCUAACUCAAUAUAAUUAAUGAUUAACUGUUAGUGAUCGCAGUGUCCAAUGGAUUGCUGAAUAUAAUUAUAACCACCAACAUUAUUUUCUGUCUCGUGAAUUUUCAUUGAUGCAGGAAUUGGAAUUCUGUUCGCCAGCCUCGAUAGAAACAGCCUUAGGCUCUGAGCUUGGUAUCAGUAUUGUUUGUAUUUCUAGCAGUUUAGAAAAAAAAUGUUUCCUUUGUAACAGUAUAGUUUUAAUGCCUCCAAUGUAGUUAUUAAAAAUUUGUACCUGUGUCUAAUGCAUUCAACCUUUUGUCGCCUGCUUUAAAAUCAAUGGUAUUUGUUUUUGGUUUUAUUUUCAGAGCGUGUAAGACACAUUCAGGAAAGUUUGGAACAAUUCAUCGAGUCUUUAAACAAUGAAAAGUAGGACAGCUAUAGCGAAGGUGCUACAGUGGAGCAAAGAUCUGAGAUUUUUUGCACAUUUUCUCUCUCUUUGGAUCUCGAUUUGUUGUGGAAUUUCUUGGUUAGACGACAAGGCGAAGACGAAGCCACCUAGUGAUUGUACAUGUUGUUGCGGACAUUGUAAAGCUAUUAACGUAAUUAUCAAUCGAAACAAUCACGCCUUCAUUUUUACACGCUGAAUACUUGGCUGUUCAAGUUUGUGUGUGAAUUUGAAGCUGAAAGAUACGUUUCAGUGAUUUAUUUUCAUGUGUGUGGUUGGUGUAAUCUUCAAUACGUAAAAUUCCUUGUUCAGGUAAUUAAGUAUGGAAUUUUAGAGUAUCAUAUAUAUAAUAAACCAUUCUAUAAAAGGAAAGGUGUAAGUCGUAAACGUGCGAGUCUUUAUUUACAAAGCGCAAAAAUUAAAUUCCAGAC